AUUUUUGGCCUGCAACUGUUAUGAGGUUUUAAUUUUUUUAAAAAAAUGAAGCAACAGUCUAGAAGAGGUGUUUAAUUUCUGUUUUCUGUUUCUAUGUGUGCUACAGGUUGAGCAUCCUCAGAGAUCAAAAAAAGCAGUAUGGCAUAAACUUCUAUCUAAACAGAGAAAAAGAGCGGUGGUGGCUUGCUUCAGAAUGGCACCACUAUAUAAUCUUCCACGGUGCGUGUGAUCAUGAAGAUUUGUGUAUAUUAUAUUGCUGUCCACCUAGGUAUAUUGCUAACUAGGAGGGGAGGGGUGAAUGAGGGAAUACAAUUGAACAAGGAACUAAGAUGGUUAACUUUAAAAAUGCCUAGCAGGUUGGCUAUACACUUCCUUUAAAAAUUAUUGUGGGUGAUCAGACCAAUCAUAGCGGCUGCCAGUCAGGCUCUGCAAGCCUUAUUGGCUUCUCUGCUUGUAAAAGAAACAUCAUAAUGAUAAUGAUAAUGAUAAUGAUAAUUUUUAGUUGAACCCUGCCCUCCCCGGCCAGAGCCGGGCUCAGAGCGGCUAACAGCAUAUAAAUAACUCAGUAUACAUAAAAACAGGCACCAAUUAAUUAAAAUACAUCUUAAAAUUAAUUCAGACAAAUUAAAAUCUGGACAAAUGGCAGUUAUCAGGUUAAGAUUGAGAGCGGUUAAUACUUGCCAGGACCAACUGCUUUCACUGAUCAUAUAAGGACCUGUGAACAGCCUGGGAGGCCCCCUUCAUGCUUGUUCUUAUACAAAGGAAAAUAGGUCAGACUGCACUCUGGCCAAAGGCCUGGCAGAACAGCUCUGUCUUGCAGGCCCUGCAGAAAGAUGUCAAAUCCCGCAUGGCCCUAGUCUCUUGUGAGAGAGCGUUCCACCAGGCUGGGACCAUGGCCGAAAAGGCCCUGGCUCUGGUUGAGGCCAGUCUUAAUUUCCCUGGGACCCGGGAUCUUCAGAGUGUUGUUGUUUGCAGACUGUAAGGUCCUCCGUGGGGCAUACCAGAGGAGGCAGUCCCGUAGGUAUGAGGGUCCUAGGAUGUAUAGGGCUUUAAACGUUAAAAACCAGCACCUUAAACCUGAUCCUGUACUCCACCAGGAGCCAGUGCAGCUGGUAUAGCACUGGGUGAAUGUGAUCCUGUGGUGAGGACCGUGUAAAGAGUCUCGCCGCGGCAUUCUGCACCUGCUGGAGUUUCUGGGUCAGUUUCAAGGGCAGCCCCACGUAGAGUACAGGCUUCUUACUUUAUUUACUGAUUUAGACAAUGUAUAUAAUGUUUAAUCACAAUACUCUCUAAGCAGUGUACAAUGUAAUGCAAUGAGAAUGAACACUAUAAUAUCAGAAAUCAGUUUCAAAAUUGGAUCACAUUCCACAAAACAUGAAACACACACACACACAUCUAUCUAUCAUCUACUUAUCAUCUUUAUCUUCUUAUAGUCAAUACUUUAUAGAAGGGAGGAAAGGUGACAUGUAGUUUCAGAUCAUGCUUAUAGUCAAUGAAUCCUCAUAUCCAGUUAAUUCAUAAUAAGCUUUAUGGAAUGAACAACAAAGACCUCUUUUUUAAAUUGUUCACCAGUUGUAGUUAUUUAUUUUGCUUAUUCGGUAUGUUCAAAAUUUUAGACUAAUAUGGAAUGGUCAUAUACACAUACAUACACACUACUUUCCCUUUUCUUUUUCAGGCAUCGAGCUGUCAAUCUCUUUCUUCAAGGAUAUGACAAGUCGUGGGUGGAAACAGAAGACCACUACUUUGAAGACACACUGAUAGAAGAUUUAGCAGUAUGUUUGCAGUUCAUGGUAUUUAAAACCUUUUGUUGAUGCUGAGGGCAAUUGCUUUGCACUGCAUGGCAGUUCCGAAAGGUGGCAACGUCAGGGAAUAUGCCGCCAAUUGCUGGAAGCAAAAGGAGGGGAGAGUGUUCUUGUGCUCUGGUCUUACUUGCUGGUUUCCUGCAGACAUCUGCUUGGCCACUGUGAAACAGGGUGCUAGAUUGUUGGGCCAUUGGCCUGAUCAACCAUAUUCUUAGGAUAGGGAGAAAAAUAGACCUUUCCCAGUCCCUAAAUCUAGGGCACAUUGAAACUCCUGGAUCAAGUGGAAACAGUCAGGAAAGCAGGCAAGAGGGAGCCCUGCAAAGGACCUUUGAACAGCUGGACUAAAAUACCUGCUUCAGCAAGUAAGAUCCAGAGAGGCAGGAAACUGGAGGCAGUGAAGGAAAUGUGGGGGAAGAUAAUGUAGUCAAAUCCCCAGUUCCAUGCUUGGAGCUGUGAUGAGCAAUGUAAUUUUCAGAUAAAAGUGAUUUCAGCAAGACAUGAGACUGUGGUUAUUUCUUUUAUGGACAUCAGUUGGCAUUAGAAAUUCUUUAGCCAGUGUGAUUAAGUUUAGACUCUCCGGAGACCAUAGCAAAGCCAUUUAAAAAUCAUAUUGAUGACUCUUGUGCAGAGGGACUCACAGGCUCUUGUAGCUAGCAGAUGGUGUAACAUGCUAUUUUAAAACAUAGUUUCAGUGCUAUUUUCCUGGGGGGAUACAGGGGUACGCAUACCCCUAAAAAUUUUGUGGAUCUAAGUUUGGCCUCAUUGAGGGGCAGUAUUUCAAUAUGAGUAGGAAAAUGAGAUGACCCCUAAACAUUUUUUUAAAGAAAAAAAGCACUGCAUAGUUUGAUGUAUUUUUUUUUAGUCAAGAGCUAUGACAUAAUAUUUGGGAAAGGUGAAAGUCUUUGGACAACUGAGUUCUGAUCCACACAUUAGUCUGAGGCAUGUAGAUUAGCUCAGCUCAUAUUGAAAAGAACAAAUUCCUCAAGCAUCCCUCAUCUAAGCCCAUUGAUAUGGAAGUAAAUUUGAUGGCGUAUGAAUAAGACUUCUGCAUAAACACAUUUACAAGUUAUCAAAUAUUUAAAAUCUUGAUGUUUUCGUAUUUCUUUAAUAGAAACCUGGAGAAGAACCACCAGAAGAAGAUGAAUGCAUUAAGAGAGUUGAUCCUUUGCACCAGCUUAUUUUACUGUUCAGUCGAACAGCAUUAACUGAAAAAUGGUGAGAGUGAUGGGAGAAGGAGGAUAUUUAUGAUUUUUCAUUAAUUGCUUUCUCUCCAGAUGUGCAUUUUUAGUUCACUUGGAAAUAGUAAUGGGCUAAAUGUAAAUAAAUUAGGGCCAGUUCAUAGGAUUGUAUUGUACUAAAUCAAUAUUGGAGUAGACCCAAUGAAAUCACUGGACUAGCCAUGAUCCAUUGAUUUCAGCGGGUGUGCUCUGAGUAUGUCUUGGUUGGAUAUAACACAUAGUGUUUUAAUUGUUCUUCAGUUAUUUCCCUCCUAGGAUUUUGAAUGGGAUUGUGAAGUAUAAAUACCAAUUAAUUUUGAAUUCAUCUAUAUCUCUUUUAAAAAAAAAUACUCAUCACUAAGAGAGAAAAGGCUAUAGCUAUUUCAACUAAAAUGUUUUAGCUAAAGUUGAGCAAAGUUGAAUUUUGAAAGAUGUUGAUGUCUUUUCUUCUGUUAUUGAAGCACAAAACAAUUACUAACUGAAUAUUUUGGUAUUACAAUUGUCUUUAGGACCUUGUUUGUUUAUAUUUCAUUUGCUGAAAACCAUAUUCUAGGAGAAUAGGCAAAAUAAUGUGAGGGAAUUUUUAUUUGUUUGCCACUUUUCAAUAACAGCAACAAACACCUCUCACCCCACCAAAAUUCACUAAACAAUAGUGAAUCUGUUAAGAGUCUGUUAAGCAGUCUCAGCUUCUGCCAGGCCAGAUGAAAAAAGGCUUGCAAGGCAGGAAGCAGGUCUUCCAGGACUCACAGCCAAGGUGGCUUGCCAUCAUAGAACUGGCUAUAGAGACAGCAAAACAUCAGAAGCCUUCUCAAAGUUGGACAAUGAUCUGUUCAGCCUGCACCACUAAGAGUAACUGCUACCUGAUGUCACAUUAUAGGCACAUAAAAGCACCCUUCAUGGGUAUGUAACAAUUGUCUCUCUUAUGAUAAACAGUAACCACUUAUUCUUCAUUUUAUUACACUACAGUAAACUGGAAGAAGAUUAUCUUUAUAUGGCAUAUGCUGAUAUAAUGGCAAAGGUAUUUUCUUCAUUUUUUCACUCAAUUUUUCCAUCUCUAGUAGCGGUAUCAAGUUUUGUAAAUGCUUGACUCUAAAUACACACCUUGGUGACUCGCAAUGCUUACCUUAAAAAUCAUUCACCAUAUGAUUCCCCAUAUCCUUUUCUAACUCAGGUUUUAAUCUGACUCAUCCCACCCACCAUUUACUGGUUACAGUAGCAGGUUGGGAGGGAUAAGUCUCUCUCGCUCCAAUGUUUGCAAUAUGCUAGGAGCUUUGAGAAAUGUAAUUAUCCCAGGGCAUCUGAAAGCCACAGGCAGGUAAAGGGCUAAAGGAAGUGGUAUUUGGAGGGUCUUGGGGUAGGGAUCAGACUCUGUUAUGCAGCUGGUAUAAUUUCUUUGAGUAAAAUAUAUCUGUUGGCUGAGUUCAGUUAAAAACUGAGCCCAAAGUAGUUUGCUUAUCACUAUAAACACACACAAGCACUGUAAAAGACAUGGGGUAAUACCCAGUUGUGGGAGUCUGUGAGUACUGCACAAUGGGGAUUCCCUGUCUUUUUCAUUCCGCUGCUCCAAGGGGUUGGGGACUCUCAAGAGCAUAUUACAUGAAACAUAGAAGACUUCAGGGAAGAAAAUAGGAAGGGGAAAACUAUUUGGUGAGGGGAAGUCCACUUGUGUGACUUUGGGCUUUGCAGUGUGUACUUAGCACGUCUUUCUUUUUUUUAAGUGGGAGAUUUUUCUUAGUGAAACGAGAAUUUGACUUUAAAAGUUCGUUUGUAAGUAUGGUGUUCUUUUCACGUGGUUUCAGAGCUGCCAUGAAGAAGAUGAUGAUAAUGAAGAGGAAGUCAAGAGUUUUGAAGUAAGAUUGUUAUUACUGUUUACAACUUACGUUUUAUAUUGUACAUUAUUUCAUAACAUCUAACUAGCAUUUUUUGGUUCAUGGUUUUCUAUAUUUAAUGCCCUUUAGACAUAGCAUAACUAUCCUUCCAUGUUAUCUGUUUGAAUACCACACCACUAAAAGCAAAAUCCAAUUAUCAGAUUUUACACUGCUUUCAAAAUACACUAGUGAGGGGCUUUGAUGGGAAUGUUGUUCCACAUUUAAAAUGUAGCCAUUUGGAAAGUAUUCUUUGCAAAAGUUGUAAAUAGACAAAACACAGUGCCCUUGCUCUCCAAAUGCAUACAAGCAAUCUUAAAACAUGAUCCUAGAGAUUGUAGCUUGAUAUUAGGUAGAAGAUGUACCAUCACGUCCGUUAGAUGCAGUAUGUAAAAUGUUUUCUAGGCCAAGAUCAGCACAUAGUUGUUGUUGUUUAGUCGUUUAGUUGUGUCCGACUCUUCGUGACCCCAUGGACCAGAGCACGCCAGGCGCUCCUGUCUUCCACUGCCUCCUGCAGUUUAGUCAAACUCAUGCUGGUAGCUUUGAGAACACUGUCCAACCAUCUCGUCCUCUGUCGUCCCCUUCUCCUUGUGCCCUCACUCUUUCCCAACAUCAGGGUCUUUUCCAGGGAGUCUUCUCUUCUCAUGAGGUGGCCAAAGUAUUGGAGCCUCAGCUUCACGAUCUGUCCUUCCAGUGAGCACUCAGGGCUAAUUUCCUUAAGAAUGGAUGCGUUUGACCUUCUUGCAGUCCAUGGGACUCUCAAGAGUCUCCUCCAGCACCAUAAUUCAAAAGCAUCAAUUCUUCGGCGAUCAGCCUUCUUUAUGGUCCAGCUCUCACUUCCAUAUAUCACUACUGGGAAAAUCAUGGCUUUAACUAUACGGACCUUUGUUGGCAAGGUGAUGUCUCUGCUUUUUAAGAUGCUGUCUAGGUUUGCCAUCUCCUUUCUCCCAAGGAGCAGGCGUCUUUUAAUUUCGUGACUGCUGUCACCAUCUGCAGUGAUCAUGGAGCCCAAGAAAGUAAAAUCUCUCACUGCCUCCAUUUCUUCCCCUUCUAUUUGCCAGGAGGUGAUGGGACCAGUGGCCAUGAUCUUCAUUUUUUUGAUGUUGAGCUUCAGACCAUAUUUUGCGCUCUCCUCUUUCACCCUCAUUAAAAGAUUCUUUAAUUCCUCCUCACUUUCUGCCAUCAAGGUUGUGUCAUCUGCAUAUCUGAGGUUGUUGAUAUUUCUUCCGGCGAUCUUAAUUCCGUCUUGGGAUUCAUCCAGCCCAGCCUUUCGCAUGAUGAAUUCUGCAUAUAAGUUAAAUAAGCAGGGAGACAAUAUACAGCCUUGCCGUACACCUGUCCCAAUUUUGAACCAAUCAGUUGUUCCAUAUCCAGUUCUAACUGUAGCUUCUUGUCCCACAUAGAGAUUUCUCAGGAGACAGAUGAGGUGAUCAGGCACUCCCAUUUCUUUAAGAACUUGCCAUAGUUUGCUGUGGUCGACACAGUCAAAGGCUUUUGCGUAGUCAAUGAAGCAGAGGUAGAUGUCUUUCUGGAACUCUCUAGCUUUCUCCAUAAUCCAGCGCAUGUUUGCAAUUUGGUCUCUGGUUCCUCUGCCCCUUCGAAAUCCAGCUUGCACUUCUGGGAGUUCUCGGUCCACAUACUGCUUAAGCUUGCCUUGUAGAAUUUUAAGCAUAACCUUGCUAGCGUGUGAAAUGAGUGCAAUUGUGCGGUAGUUGGAGCAUUCUUUGGCACUGCCCUUCUUUGGGAUUGGGAUGUAGACUGAUCUUCUCCAAUCCUCUGGCCACUGCUGAGUUUUCCAAACUUGCUGGCAUAUUGAGUGUAGCACCUUAACAGCAUCAUCUUUUAAAAUUUUAAGCAGUUCAGCUGGAAUACCAUCACUUCCACUGGCCUUGUUAUUUGCAGUGCUUUCUAUGGCCCAUUUGACUUCACUCUCCAGGAUGUCUGGCUCAAGGUCAGCAACCACACUACCUGGGGUGUACGAGCCAUCCAUAUCUUUCUGGUAUAAUUCCUCUGUGUAUGCUUGCCACCUCUUCUUGAUGUCUUCUGCUUCUGUUAGGUCCUUACCACUUUUGUCCUUUAUUAUGGUAAUCUUUGUACGAAAUGUCCCUUUCAUAUCUCCAAUUUUCUUGAACAGAUCUCUGGUUCUUCCCAUUCUGUUGUUUUCCUCUAUUUCUUUGCAUUGCUCGUUUAAGAAGGCCUUCUUGUCUCUCCUUGCUAUUUUUUGGAAAUCUGCAUUCAAUUUCCUGUAUCUUACACUAUCUCCCUCGCAUUUUGCUUGCCUUCUCUCCUCCGCUAUUUGUAAGGCCUCGUUGGACAGCCACUUUGCUUUCUUGCAUUUCCUUUUCAUUGGGAUGGUUUUUGUUGCUGCCUCCUGUAUAAUGUUGCGAGCCUCCAUCCAUAGUUUGUCAGGCACUCUGUCCAACAAAUCUAAAUCCUUAAACCUGUUCCUCACUUCCACUGUGUAUUCAUAAGGGAUUUGACUUAGAUUGUAUCUUACCGGCCCAGUGGUUUUUCCUAGUUUCUUCAGUUUAAGCUUGAAUUUUGCUAUAAGAAGCUGAUGAUCUGAGCCACAGUCCACUCCAGGUCUUGUUUUUGCUGACUGUAUUGAGCUUCUCCAUCUUUGGCUGCAGAGAAUAUAAUCAAUCUGAUUGUGAUGACCAGCUUGUUCUCUUGGCAGAACUCUAUUAGCCUUUGCCCUGCUUCGUUUUGAACUCCAAGGCCAAACUUGCCAGUUGUUCCUUUUAUCUCUUGACUCCCUACUUUAGCAUUCCAAUCUCCUAUAAUGAGAAGAACAUCCUUCUUUGGUGUCAAUUCUAUAAGGUGUUGUAAGUCUUCAUAGAAUUGGUCAAUUUCAGUUUCUUCAGGACCAGUGGUUGGUGCAUAAACUUGGAUUACUGUGAUGUUAAAAGGUCUGCCUUGGAUUCGUAUCGAGAUCAUUCUAUCAUUUUUGAGAUUGCAUCCCAAUACAGCUUUUGCCACUCUUUUGUUGACUAUGAGGGCCACUCCAUUUCUUUUAUGGGAUUCUUGCCCACAGUAUUAGAUAUGAUGGUCAUCCGAACUGAAUUCGCCCAUUCCCGUCCAUUUUAGUUCACUGAUGCCCAGGAUGUCAAUAUUUAUUCUUGCCAUCUCAUUUUUGACCACAUCCAACUUACCAAGGUUCAUGGUUCUUACAUUCCAGGUUCCUAUGCAAUAUUUUUCUUUACAGCAUUGGACUUUCCUUUCGCUUCCAGGCAUAUCCGCUUCCAGGCAUAUCCCCUUCAUGGAUCACUGCCUUGCCGUGGCGAAGGGGCUUGAAUAACUCGGAGAAGCUAUGAACUAUGCCGUGCAGGGCCACCCAAGAUGGACAGGUCAUAGUGGAGAGUUUUGACCAAACGUGAUCCACCUGGAGCAGGAACCGGCAAGCCACUCCAGUAUCCCUGCCAAGAAAACUCCAUGGACAAAGACAAAAGGCAUAUAAAAGUUAUGACGCUGGAAGAUGAGCCCCUCAGGUCAGAAGGCGUCCAACAUGCUACUGAGGAAGAGCGGAGGACAAGUACAAGUAGAUUCAGAGCUGAUGAAGCGGCUGGGCCAAAGCCGAAAGGACACUCAGUUGCGGAUAUGCCUGGAAGCGAAAGGAAAGUCCAAUGCUGUAAAGAGAAAUAUUGUAAAAAAAUCAGCACAUAGAAUAGUGCUCAAAAGGCAAGAGAAGAUCAGUGAAGAUGUAGCUGCACAGUUGCAGUCUGUUUCCAGUAUCUUCCUUCCUGUAAGUGCCCGUUAUGAGGUGUGUUGCUGUAAUCUGCAUAAUCCAAAAGCUCCAAGUACCAACAAAGGUAGUUGCUUGUAGAUUUUAUUUACUAAAGUUAGGCCCCUUCAAGUUCUAUGAAGUUUUCAGUAGGAAGGACAGGAUUUGGCUUUCCUUACAAAACACUAAGGAAUUCCCUCCUGUCGCUUCAACUUUCUUCUGCCAUCCCAAAAUGAAGUGAAUUUCCCUUCCAUCUUUUGUGGAGGGUGAAUGUUCCCUCUAUUCCUGUGGAUAGAAAGAUGCUGGAAAAGGUAGCCAGGAGAGGUGGUCCCUGCAAGACAUUUUGUACCCAGUGUCAAAACACAUGAAGGAUGAUUGAAAUGUGAACAGUGCCUGCAUCUCAUAUUAGUCCCAUUCUUCUCUCUUUAAAUAAAUAUGCACAGGGACCCUACUGCUAUACAUGUGUUUUAGGCAGGAAUGGAGGUGAUGUACAAAGGGAUAUGCCACUCACAUAUUUUGUACUUUGGUGAUCAUGCCCAAGUACAAAGUUUCACAGGAAUUGUUCCUUGGUCUUCUCAUAAGAAGUAAUAUCCUCAUGAUUUCACUGCAAUGUUUCUAAGAAAGUGGCUGAUCUAGGAGAACUUCAAGGCUAAGAAUUGCCUGUUCUUCUAAAGUCUCUGAGCUCACCAUUAUUUUGGUCUGGUUUCAGCAGCAGUCACCUCUCCUACAUCAGUACUCCAUUAUGGCAAGAUAAUUAAUAGAGAGUCAGAGCCCUAGGUUGAAGAGGUGUCACUUACUAUCAUACUAAUGACCCUGGAUUCUACAUUUCUGCAAUAUAUUUUCCAGAGAAUCCUAUUUACAUGCUGAAUAGGAGCAACUGGCAAGACACAACCAAACCCUGUGGGAUUUUACUCACCACAAUCUUCUAGGAUUUCCUUGCCACGUAGCAAUUUUUUUGUUCCUGUUUAAUUUGUCUUCGCCUCUACAUGAUUCUGUGUUUCUAUUCAUUAUCAGUGUAUAAUUUCAUAGGUUAACCAGGCUAUUGUCAGCCAACAAUCAAAAUCAAUGUGUUUCUCAAGACUCAACUGGUGUGAUAUCCUAUCUUGCACACAGAAGGGUAGAGAUAAAUUAUUUUAGGGGGCAACAAUCUUCUUGAUAUGCUUUAUCAUUGAAACACUGCAUUUUAAAAAAAAAUAGAACUUGGGUAGUUUUCUCAUGCAAACUUGAGAGAUGUGUCAGUGUGAUAAGUCAAAAACUACAAUUAACUGAGUUAUUAAAAAUAUAAGGGAUAUUGUUAUCUCACAUGUUAGAGAUACAGAGGAUAUUAUUUACAUCCAAUAAAGGUCCUGGAGGUAGAUAUGUUACAAGUGUUAGUAUGUGGGUUUUUUAAGAAAAAUUAUUCCUACCUGCAUUAAGAACAUUCAUGAAGCAUUUUUGUUUUGAUAUGUAAAAGUAUUUAGUGAUGUAUAUAGUUUACAGCACAUGUGAUAAUGGCCAUUAAUUGAAAUUAAAUAUAGUAAAAACUGUUAUUUAUUUAAUUGAAAAUAAAGAGAUCAGAUUGCACAGUUUCCACCUCAUAAAUUCUCAUAUUCUGGAGCUUCCCUUUUUUAUAUAUAUGAUCAAAGGAAUGUUCUUAGGCACUCAGUAAGGAAUCUGUUUGUUCACGGGUCAUUCUCCUUCAUAGAAGACAACAUGCAAGCAGCACUUGGAAUGUUGCCCAAUGGAUAUGGUGGACAUAUACUUAAAAAUAAAUAAAUGCUGACCACUAUCAGAAAGUGAUUACAUGUGCUGAUUCGUGCAGUUAGAUUUUUUAGGUAAAUGUAGGAGGAAAGCUUUUUGUAUUCCUCUUUCUUCAUCAGUAAAAUAGAAAUAGUUCACAGAGGCUGUGAAAAACACAUUAAAUAUUGUUUUGAUGUAGAACUGUUGUUUUUUGUCGUAUCCCUCUCCCUGUCUUCUCCCAUCAUCCUUGUUUGCUAUUACUAAUCAUUGUUGUCCAUGAACUACAUUUGUUUGUUUUUGUUAACUAGUUUAUUUCAGUCUUUUAUAUGUCUGUGAUAAAUCUUAGUAAAAAUUUCACAUAUUUUAAAGUACUUUUUGCAUAAUAUCUUUCUAGAGUAUUCUAGCAAGAUGCAUCCAGCAGAAUUAUGGUUGAAUGAAAGAAACUGCCAGUGACCAAGAAAAGGGAAAAAAGUAGAUUAAUCAGCUUCCGUAUCUGUCACUGUGCACAUUUGGAAGUCAUUAAUGCUAUUGUUAGGAAAAUUUUAAUAUCUCAUUCUAAUUUUGAAAAGAAAAGUUGUUGUGUAGAGGAAAAGGACUAACUGAAUAACUGCAUAAAGCAGAUUCAGACUUUUCUUCCUUGUUUUAGUUUUUCUGUUUUAAGUUGCCUACAGAGACGUGGAAGCAAGGGAUAGUUCUUUUAUGAAAUAUAUAUUUGGUUGAUCAGUUAUCAUUGGAGUACUUUGGACACUUUUUUCUUAUUGCUAUUUCACUUCUUAUCCUCGCCUUUCCCUAAGGUCACAGGAUCCCAACGCAGCAAGGUAAAAUAAUGUGUGUGUGUUUAUGUGGGUCUAAUUUUGUGGUAUUUAGUUUUGUUAGACCCAACAUCUUGGACAAGCUCUCUAAGGAUGCUUUCAUAUAUUUCUGAAUCUUUUCAGUUCCAAGAGUGACACAUGCUCUCUUUUUAAAAAAAAACAAAUUCAAUGCUUUCUACAAUUUCUAUUGUAAGAAUUAGAAUAAUAAACUAUAUUAGGUAUACCAUACAAAAAACCCCAUGGCAAAUGAAGCAACUUUUCAUUUAUUUUCUGUCAUCUUCAAAAUUUAGUUUGUGGACUAAGUACUCUUGACCACAGUGCAAUUUAUGAUUGUGAAAGCUGAACAGAGUGAUCAAUAAGAGACUAUUUCCAUUACUAAUUGAUAGCAGUCUAUUUGGUUGUUUAUUGGGAUUAAAAUAUUACUUGGCAUCAUGUGUGUCAGAGAAUGUACUGAUAAUUUGCUAUAUAACGACCUUAUGUUACUAUUUAUCCUGGUGUACUGUGCCAUGAAUAUACUAGGGUAAACAAUGAAAUACAGAGUCUAGCCAAACACUGAUUAUAAAAUGUUUAAUUUUACUUUAUAAAUAGUGGCAGACUUUUGAAAAAGUUUGACUUCAAAUUUUAUAUUUCUAAUAAAAGAAGACUUUUGGACAAGAACUCAUUCUUGUUUCCAUCCCAGCAAACAAGCCAAAGUGAGGAAUAUCCUGCACUCAUAUACUAACUCAAUGUAAGCCAUGCAAACUGCUGUCUCCUAAAGGUAAAGGUCAAGGGGACCCCUGACCAUUAGGUCCAGUCGCGGACGACUCUGGGGUUGCGGCACUCAUCUUGCUUUAUUGGCUGAGGGAGCCGGUAUACAGCUUCCGGGUCAUGUAGCCAGCAUGACUAAGCCACUUCUGGCGAACCAGAGCAGUGCAUGGAAACACAGUUUACCUUCCUGCCAGAGCGGUAUCUAUUUAUCUACUUGCACUUUGACGUGCUUUCAAACUGCUAGGUUGGCAGGAGCAGGGACCAAGCAAAGGGAGCUCACCCCGUUGCGGGGAUUUGAACCGCCGACCUUCUGAUCGGCAAACCCUAGGCUCUGUGGUUUAACCCACAGCGCCACCCGCGUUGUACAAGUCUCCUAGUACUUGACAAAUGACAGUGAUGUUAAUGAACUGUCAACAUAUUAUCAGAAGCACUGUUCAAAGAGAUACUGCCAUUUCUAUUGAACUCAUCAGUCUUCGGCAUUGACAAUCCCUUUAUCUGACAGAUGUUUCAAUAUUUGAAGUUACUCUUUGUAUUAGUCAUGAUUAGUUUUUUUGCCUCUAAUCCUGUCCGCGUAUAAUAUAGUCUUCAUAUUUACCCUCAAUAAAGGUAAAGGUACCCCUGCCUGUACGGGCCAGUCUUGACAGACUCUAGGGUUGUGCGCUCAUCUCACUUAAGAGGCCGGGAGCCAGCGCUGUCCGCAGACACUUCCGGGUCACGUGGCCAGCGUGACAAGCUGCAUCUGGCGAGCCAGAGCAGCACACGGAACACCGUUUACCUUCCCGCUGCCAAGCGGUCCCUAUUUAUCUACUUGCACCUGGGGGUGCUUUCGAACUGCUAGGUUGGCAGGCGCUGGGACCGAGCGAUGGGAGCGCGCCCCACCGCGGGGAUUCGAACCGCCGACCAUGCGAUCGGCAAGUCCUAGGCGCUGAGGUUUUACCCACAGCGCAACCCGCGUCCCUAUUUACCCUCAAUAGCUUAGGAAAAUUAACCUCACUAAUUCUUUUCAUCCUAUACUAAAGAACCUAAGGUAUUGGUUGUUAUGUCCAUUUCAAAGGAUUGGAUAGUAAAUGAUAAACCCUAGGCUGUAAUUCAGGAUUGCUCUAUUCACUUCUCUUGGUUCGCAUCUCAUUGUUAUACAAAUUUUGUGAGAUAGAGGGUUUUAAAGCAUUUACCUUGAACAAUAAAUGCUGACUGAUCAACAAUCCCACUAAAUGGCUAAGUCUCUUAACUUAAACCUUGAAGCAUUUUCAUUCAUACUCCUGUGUGAAUAUGGAUGAGCUUAUUUCUUUUAAUAAUCUCUUUCAGAAGGAGACAGUUACAACAAAUGGGUAGCACAUCCUCCAUUGUCUUCAUAGAGUGAUGAAUUCCUCAGGGUUUUUUUUAUAAGGCUCAUACCACAUAACAGCAACCUAUUCCACAUAACGCACAUAUUGAAACACUCCACUUGGAUCAAUUGAUGGUCUGGGAGCAUUCACGGCUAUAGCAAUACUGAAGCUAACAGUUGUGGACUCUUCAGUUCUGUCAUGUGACCUGUCAACCCAGCAUAGAACACUAUUUUAAGGGCUUGCUUUCCCUCUGCUAGGCUUAGGCAGAGCAUCAGCAGCCUCACUACUGAAUGGUGUGUGGAUCUGGUACAACUCUGUUGGCUUAAUUUACAAUGUCUUGCUUUAUGCUAGGUUAUUUUGCAUAGGAUUACUAAUUUAUAUAUAGUCAAAUCCUACCAAUUCCUGCCACGUUAUAUUGUUACUGGCAACCCCAAUCCCUGCCAAGCCAUGCAUGGGAUUCCAGGGGUCUUGACCCUCAGCUAGGAUCUGUGCUUCUUUGGAGAAUUGAAGACGUGGCGGAGGCUGUCGUAGCUGUAAGAAAUAUGGUUUAUUCACAUCGUUACUCCUGAGUUUAGAUGGAGUUGGAAUUUUACAGCAUGGUCUCAAAGGGACUUGUUCCCCACAGGAUUCCAGCACUGGAGUCCAAGGCAUCUCGCCCAGCUUGCUAUCAGCCAGCCUGCCCAAGGUGGAUCUCUCUAUGUUCUCCCUUCUUCCCAGCACACCUUACUGAAGACACACUUUCCCCAUCACCCAUCUCACACCCGCUAUUACCUUGGCAACCUUUGUCUUCCCAGGCCCAAGUAUUCCUUAUAUUAACACCUCUAUCCCAGGUGAGGCAUUGGCUUGGAAAGGAAACUUACCCUGUAUUUUUCCACUGGCCUGCAAUCUUACCUUCUAUACUCCAAAUAGUCAAAAUCCUGUCAUUUAUUAAUGUCUAGGGUUUAGGGCCCCCUCCACCCAAACUAUAACACCACAUUAAUACUUGAGGGUGGUUCAACUAGCUCUCCUUUGAUGUCCCUUCAUUUCACUUACAAUACUACAAUACUUCAAUAAUUUCCCAUUAUCGCUUUUAUGUGCAUCUAACGAAUUCUCUUAAUAUUCUGUGGCUAGGAUCCAACAAUGGCUUUUCACUUGCCUGUGAUAGUUCUUUUUUGAAGUCCUUUUUUCUAGUGGAAGAGUAUUGCAUUAGAAAAGAAACCACAAGUUUUUCCAUUGGUGCAGGCCUUUGCACAACCCUGAUUGAUUCACUGUGGUGCUGAUACAUUAUUCUGUUUACAGUUGCUUGAGACUUCACGGGACAGCUGCAAUAUUUUUUGGUGUGCAUGUCAGUUUAGAUAGAUCAUUUUUAAUUCAGCUGAGUGCAACUGCAGAAUUAUUAGGCUGUAAAGAAAUAUAACAACAUUUAUUUGCAUGAUACACUCUAUUUAUUACUUGACAAUUGGCACAAACCAUUUGCUUUCAAUACUUGUUUCCCUGGGCAAUACUUCAUAGCAUAUUUUCCAAGUUACUUUGCUUAUCUAUAAUAUUCCAUAUCUGUAAUACAGUGCACCCUCAACUUAUGCAAGGGUUACGUUCUUUGCACAAAAUCAGAACUCCUGAACCACCUUUGCUGUCCAAGAUCUCACAAGUUGGGGGCUGUCUGAGAUCGCAUGAGAUGGCUCUGAGAAGAUUAUGCAGAUGGUAUGUAAGGUGGAGGGUAUGCUUUCUGCUGCGAGAAAAGUGUGGAAAGAGCCUUUAAGCCCUCUGCCUUACUUAGUGGGCUCUGGGAUGUGAGAUCUUGGUUUUUCUGGGUCUCAGCUGAAACUGGGUCCCUUCAGAUUUGCCACUGCAAUUCCCAUGUUGGUAGUGGCUUCUCUCUCUCCUUUAAAAAUUGUUUAAGGGCUGCUAGCACUGGCUUUGGUUGAAGAAGCAGAAGUCUAGUUGCUACCCUGUUUCCUCCUCAGAAUACCUCUGCAAUGAUUCAUGGACACACUAGACACAAUCUGCUGGCAUUCUGUAGAGGUAAAAUAGUGGAACGGGGUGUGUGUGUGUGUGUGUGUGUGAGAGAGAGAGAGAGAGAGAGAGAGAGAGAAAUCACUACCAUGGUAAGUGACUCAAAAUUGGAGGGGUUUUGUGGAUCCAAAAAAUCCAGAUGAUCCAGCAACCUCAGUGAUAGGGUUGCCACUGUCUUAAAGUUUCAGUCAUUUCAUCUGCUUGUAGGUGAAAGGAUAAAAUUUCAUUCCCAACACAUUACUUUUAGCAUAGUACCUGUGACGUAAACAAUCUGGGAUUCUGAAAUAAAUUCUUCUGGAAUUUCUUGACUAUUAACAUCUUACAUAAAUGUGGUUCACUUUGCCGUGGGUCUGAAUCAUAACUUCACUAUUUACUAUUAUGGAUAAAUUUAAAAAAAACUACUACAAUCAUUGGUUUAAAACAAUGAAAGUGAGAAAAGGCUCAUAUAUCACAAAGUAAUUGCUUCAAAUGGUGCUUUCACAAUUUGUUUUAAAGCUUUUGUUCUAAAGCAGCUGGAGAUGAACUUCUUUUAAUGGAAGUUGAGAGUCUGGGGCUGCCGCCGCCCCAUACACUAGUUCACCUCACUCUCUCAGUGAUCUUGCAUGCAUCUCUCCAGAAUAUGUGUGUCAGGGAACUGCCAUCAGUGCCGGAGGGAGAGAACAAAAUCCAGAGGGAUUCCGGAGAGCGUCCCGGGAGUGGGAGAGGCAGCCCAUCUUCUGGGGAAGAGAAUCAGCGUAGCACCAGUGGAGAAGGGGGGCAGAUGGGGGAAGCGGCGAAGCGGUCCCAUGACUCCUUGCCGGGGACCAGCGGGGAGAGUAGAGGUCCUCCGCUGCCUACGCCCUCCUUGCGCAGAAGGCUUUCGCGCAGAGAGAGUAGGAGGAGACUAGGUGUCAAAGAGCUUCUUUGCUGGAAGAAGUUUAAGAAACGCCCACUGACGGAUACUGCCAGCGAUUGAGACAGCCACAGGUGAGUGGCUGUCCGGACAGGAAAGGUUCACUCAGGCAACCCAGCCAGGUGUUUGCACCGGCUUACGCACGAGCAACCCCUAGAACCACUACAAUGUUGAGCCAUUAUACACAUAACUAUUUGUGAAAUUAAUCUAUAAUGAGACAUUUAAUAGUGUUGUUUCAAGUGGAAGAAGACAUUCAGCAGCAAGAAGAUUGUAUUACAUUUGUCACAUACCUGUAUAUUUGUGUUCUGUGUUAAAGUAUGCAAUAAUGUUUCUUUUCUUCAAAUCACUUUCUUUUUGUGUUCUGAAUUGUCGCCCCUCCACCCUCUUUCCAAGCUGAUUUAUUUUCCUGCCUCUUCACAAAUAAAAUGGAUUUGUAUAGGCUCAAUUGCUCUUUAAAGGGAAAAAUUAUAUAGCGAUAUCUAAUAACUCUUUGGAUUUCGUUCUCGCUACUACCACUUGCUAUUGGAAAUGACUUUCCUGGUGAAAUAAUACAAAAUUACUUCCACUCAACUCUCCUUCAGCUGAAAGGGGAGAGUCCUCAUGCUAAUGUGUUGUUGUUAUUGUUUCUAAAAUGAUGGCAAAAAUGGAUAAGUGAUUUUUUUUCUGUGGAAUGGAAAGAAAAAGAUGGUUGGGUCUAAAAAAAAGAAAUGUAGAAAAAAUAUUCAAAAGACUUUUGAGUCAAAAUAUUGUAUUGCAGCUUCAUUGAAACGGUGUUGUUGUCAUGUCUUGGUUGUGUGUGUCUUUGUUUUUGUUUCUCCCCUCAUAGGAAGAGGUUUAAACAAAAAUGCAAACUUUUCAAACUCCAGUGGCCGCAAUGGGAUGCAGCGCUGCCAUAUAUUCCACUUUUCCUAAUCUGUGCUUUAUUUAGAUUUCUUAUAAUGCUUGAGAAAUUUCAGCCAUAGGAAGAGAAUAAUAAUACUUAUGCAUUUUAUUUUCACAUUAUGAUUACAGAGCAGCAGCAGCAAAUGUAAGAAUUCUCUGGUAACAAAAUAACUGACACAGUUCAUUCAUCAUCGUGUUUAGUUGAAAAUAAAGUUUACUGUUGUUCAUUGCCGAUCAAGUGUGCAUAAAAUUAGAACUUUUGAGUUAAGGAUUUUCCCCUUUAACUGUUAUUAAAUACAUUUUCUCCCCCACCUAAAUAUUUAGAUUUUUGAUGUUGAAUAUAUCCAGAGCUUUAAAUUGUUUAAGCCUCUUCUGUCUUCCAGUGUCUACUUUUUUCUUUCUUUUUGCUUUUGUUUAUGGUAGCAAAACUGACUACAUCUGCUGCAACUGCUUUUAGGUCCUACAUAAUGUGGCGGUUUUUGAUGUUAUAUGACUUAAUAGUGUCAUGCUCCAUUAACCUGGACCUUUGGAUGGAUUCCCAGUUAUAGGGCUCUAUGCAACUUCAACUUUUCACUAUAAUUCUAAAUUUUCCAGCAUUCUCCCAUUUAUUACAUGAAAGCUGAAAGCUAAACGCUAUCUAGAUUAUCCUUUUUAGAUUUGAGAUUUAUUCAAAGUAAAGAUCAGUCAAUGCCUAUCCAUCUAUAGCACAUCAAAAUUGUAAAAUUUAAAGGUGAACCAAAGCUUACCCUCUUAUGUCACCUUACUUGAAAUUGACACAUCUCUCUAAAUUAUGCAUCUUAUAAAAUAGUCACUGAAUAUAUAACAUAUUCUUUUAUCAUAUUGCGUGAGUUUGAAUUGUAAGAGAGAUGAACUGAACUUUAAUAAGAGACUCAAACUAGAUAAUAUUUUAACAUAAUGUGAAAACUGCAGCACCAGAAUAGUACAAAACAACAUUUUUGAGACAAGACAAUAUACAAACUCAGGUAUAUGAAUUCUAGCCUAAUUAUUUCCAGUUGAGACAAUUCUUCACUGAAAAACCUGGCACUAAAUUUCUACCAUACGGAAAAAAGAGCAAGGAGAUCGGAAGUCUGUAAAAGAGAUGUUGGAUAUACAGUAUUGCAUAUACUGUAUCAGACUAAAGUUGCUAUAGAGCUCAUACCUACAUAAAAGGUACAAUGUGAACUUAAGUUAAAUGGCUGGGAUUUAUGUUUAGGAAAAAGAAAUGGAAAAGCAAAAGCUCCUGUACCAGCAAGCAAGACUGCAUGAUCGAGGAGCUGCUGAAAUGGUCCUUCAGACAAUUAGUGCCAGUAAAGGUAAAGGCUUUAAAAUUGUAUAUGUAUAUGCUAUAUCUGGUGAAGAUUUUAAUUUAACGUUCUGUUCCAUCUUGCUCCAUCAGAAAGGUCAACAUCUGUUUUCUGUUCCCAAAUAUUCCUGGCCAGAAGUGUGUAUGUGUACAAAGGCGUGGGAGGUCUUCUCUUGAGCCAGAAGGAGACAUAGGUGUCAAAAAUAGGGCCGACCUUCACUUACAGUAAUAAUAUCAGCACUGGAGCUGAGAGAGAGGCAGCACAUGAGGCUACUGCCAGCAGCCCAUGCUGGUCCUCAUAAGCUGUUUCUGGUGCCACUGAUGGAAUCAGAAGAGGGAACCAUGGUGAUGACUUCAAGGUGUAGGCAGGAGCCCUGCAGGUGGGUGGGUGGGUGGCAUUGUCUCUGCUCUCAAGGCACAUUUGCUGCUCCUUGCUCCACAAUAGCUAGGAAGCUUACAGGAAAAUCGCAUGUGUUUCUGGCCUCCAGGCAGCCUCCAGAUCUUCUCAGCUUAGAGCUUAGUUAGAGGCAUUGAGUGAGGAUUUAAGUUCUUCACUUAAAGUGACAGCUACAAGCAUCCAACUCUCUUCCUUGAGAUGACUGGCUCAUGACUCUCUCCGACUGGGUGUAGAUUUGGGGAAUACAAGUAGGAGGGAGACCCCUGUCGUUCUGCUUCUCUGAGGUGUUUGAAGGCGAAAUUAAAAGUGACAUUAAUUGCCUGGUUGUGGUUAAUUUGUUAACUUAAAAGCAGCCACAGGAGAAAACCUGAGCAGCCUUAGGCAGGGCAGACUUUGGUCUUUCAAAUUUCAGUGGCGCCCUGUGCGAGGCCAACAUUCAGUGCUCUCCUGCCUCUCACCUUCUGUUCUGCUCAGUUCACUACAUCAUAGUUGUAGCGCCUGCAACACCAAAUCUGCCUCUGCCACAGGACUAUAACAACUAGGCAGCCAAAAUUUAACCCCUUUUCUCCAAGGACAAAAUAGUCCCAAUACGGUCUCUCCAAAGCUGCCAUUUGCAUUUCAUUGGUAUUGGGGGUGGAUUUCUUUCUCAUGUGUUGGGGAAAGUACUAGGAAAGAUUAAGAGCAUAAGAAAAGCCUGCUGGAUCAAGCCAAUGGCCUAUCUAGUCUAGCAUCCUGUUCCCAUAGUGGCCAACCACUAUGGUGUCCAGUUUUCCAAAACUCAAAGCCUGUUUCUACAAUCACCUCAUGGGUGAAUGUAUAUAACUGAAUUAUAUUAACUAAAGUAAAUAAAAAAUUAUCAGCCCAUUAAUUGAAAAAAGUAUACAUUUUCAACUGGCCAUGCAUAAGAGGGGCAGCUAUGACAGCGCUGCUUUGGCAUGUCCUUUAGAUAGACAACUGCCCAGCCUUAUCUCUGGUUUUUAAAAAUAUUUGUGUUGCAUCAAACUUUUAUGGUCUAAUUGGUGUUUAUUAUUUCUCUUAAUUUUAAACCAUAAUUUAUAUUAUUCAUGUUUUACUGUUUAAAUUGUUUGUAUGUUUAUUAGCAUACAAAUUAUUUAGAAGUUUUGUAAAUAAAUGUUUACUUUUCAGGUGAGAUGGGUCCAAUGGUUGCAGCCACCCUAAAACUUGGGAUUGCCAUCUUGAAUGGAGGAAAUUCUACUGUUCAGCAGGUAAUUUAGCUGGUAUCUCAAUGUUAAUUAUUUCUUUCAUUUCAGAUACAAGUAUUCUCGUAUCUUAUUUUGAAUAGAUGCACUUUUUGAAGACGGCUUAACAUUUGUCACUAAUCAAAAAUAAGAAAAUAUUUUGGAGCUCUCAGAUUUUGUAAAGACUGCUUGGCCAAGCAGUAAAAAGUUCUGUUUCUGCCUACCAGCCCUACAGAAUCCAGGUGGCUAGUGACAAGAAAAAGAGCGUCAUAACAUAUAAGGCCCUGAGUCAAGUAAGCGGGAUAAGGACUGCAGCCUAAGCCCCCUCCCACUUCGCUCCAGUAAACUUGCCUCCACUCAACAAACUGGCAUGAAGCCUGCAAGUUUUGAACUUUGAAAAGGCGCAUAUUGCAUUAUUUUGUUUCUGACUUUAGGGGAAAGGAGGGAGGGAUUCAACUCAGUAGUAGGGGAGCAGGAGGAGGAGAGAAAGAGAUUGAUGCUGAUCUGCAGCUGCCUUUGUGCCUGGCUGAUUUACAGCUGGGGGCCCAUCCCCUAGCCGCCUCCAUUCUUCAUACGACGCCACAUCGUGCCACACUACUGUGGCCGUUUUACUGGCUAAUUCUCACUUGCACACUCUUUGAUUGAUCUACCUUCAUACUCCCUUGCCAUUUCUCCUGCUGCUCAGCUCCCAGUGCUUGUCUAAACUCACAGCCUCACAGAUUUCUGGGGUGAUUUUUGUACCCCAGCGGGGGCCGCCUCUGCCCACCUGGAGAUGCCAAAAGUUGCAUUUGGGAGAUUUUACAUGCGAAGCAUUUUCACUCUCACUGAAAUAUAGUCCUUUGCUUUCCACCCUAAAUUUUCUCUUUUUAAAUCAUCCAGAAACUUUGUAUCUUCUAAAAAUGCUAUUGGUUUUUAUUUUUAAAUUGCUGCUGCUCUGUUGUGUCUCUUCUGUGUUUUAUAUGGAUCUGUGUACUUUAAUGCUUUUACUAUUUGCAAGCACUUCUGGAGAUUAUAGUGGUAGUAGUAGCAGUAGUACUACACACAACAUUUUUUUCCUCUUUUUGGUUUGAAGAAAAUGCUUGACUACCUCAAGGACAAAAAGGAUGUAGGCUUCUUUCAGAGCCUUGCUGGUCUUAUGCAGUCUUGUAGGUAAGAGAAAAUGACUAUAUUAUUUUACAUUACUAAAUAUGCUAUGUUAUCGUUAGACAUGAAGAAACCAAAUUCAGUAUCGAAAUGCCUAUCAGCCUGGCAAAAAAAGUGCCUACCUGUGGAUGUUGUUUGUCCUAAGCAAGUUUCACAGCACAUUUAAUUUGUUCCUCUGAAAUAAUUAAGCCCUUAAAAUUCUCUUGAAGCCAAGGCACAUUUACUUUAAAAAAAAUCUUUAAAGGCUAUGCUUCUUUUGUGAUAAACCAAUGCUUUUGCCAGAAACACUUGAUUCACAUAAGUAUAUUUUACUUCACUACAACAUAAGAUAAUGUAAUCUGUGGUAAAACUGGAACUAUGCAUUGCUUUUUUUCAUUUUAGUGUUCUUGACCUAAAUGCUUUUGAACGCCAGAACAAAGCAGAGGGCCUUGGCAUGGUAACAGAAGAAGGAUCAGGUAUUAUCAUCUUAAUGAAAAAUUAUGUGUAACUUUUCCCGUUAAAUCCACUGAAAAAAGUAAGUCAUGUUGAAAUGUAUUCAGUGAAGGACCGCUGCAAACUAAAGCCACAUUCUUUAGUUAUUUAAAUUAUAUAUCCUCAAAUUGUUUAGAGUGUAAUUGAAUUUUGACAGGAAACCACUUUCCUGAGGGAUUUUAUUUCUUUAUUUCUUUUUCAUUUUUACCACAGGUAACAAUUAGAUGUAUAAAUUCUAAAAUUAAUAACACCACAGAAAGGUGGCUUCUUCAGGAAAUAUUUUUGCUUGGAAAUGUUUUGAAAUCCUUUUCUUCAGUUUUUUUUCAUUAAAAAAUACAAGUAUCAGAACUUUUGCUUUUGAACCAGUUUGCCUCUUCUAUCCCUAUCAUCAACUCAUUCUUAAUUUUCCUUUGUUGUCUCUUUGUACUAUUUUAUUGUUAUUGUUUCUGUCCAGGAUCACUGAAUUAUUUUCUAUAUGUUUAGUUGUUCUACCAAUCCUUUCUCUGUAUUACCAGUGUAUUUCUUCCAUAACCUACUUCAGCUAAUACUUCUCAUAUUUUUAUUCAUUAAAAUAAAGGGGAAAAACUUGAAUGUUUAUUUACCGUUGCAUUUUGUAAUUUCUUUACUCAUAUUUUUAUGCUGCAUGUAUCAGUAGUUAUUUUGCCUCCAGCUGUUAUAACUUGUAUAUCCUUUAUUAUUCAAAUGUUUUCAUCAAGCUAAAAGCCAUGCACAUUAACUUGACUGAAAACCAUUAAAGCACAUUAGGAUUCCUUCUUUUAAGUUCUGUUCUUUUCUCAAAUAGGCUCCACUUUUUUAUUGUGGUAUGAAAAUAGACAUUUAUUUUUCACUCAUUUGAGUAAAGUCAGCUCAUAUGAGUAAAGAUAGUCAGAUUGCGUACAGAUUUGCUUGAUCCAUUGUUAUGCUUCAGAAUUCUUUGGACACUGAAGGCAUAAUUUAAUUUUUUUAUAAUUAUUCACAGUAACUCCUGGAUUUUCAUUUUAAUAAGUUCAUUUUUCUUUUAAAACUCUACAUCUGUUACUUAAACUGUAAAGGCAUGCAUUUAUACAUAACUAACAUGAAUGAAUGGUUAUCUAAUGUCAGGAUAUAUUUAUGCCUCCUCGUUUGAAGGAUUUUUUCCCCCCGAUUUGAUGUUUUUGAUUCAUUGAGAAUUGCUAAAAGCAAUGCUACGUAUAUUUUUAAUCUGCUGAAACAAAUUCUCAUGUUUUUCUUUUUUCGUUUUCUUUUUUUAAAAAUAAAUGUCCUGUCUUUCCCUUCCUCAGUCAUCACUCAUGAACGUGGUAAUUAUUGCACACAAAUUGCCUUUCUUUUUCCUGUUGUUAGCUUUGUGUCAGCACUGUACAGCUCCUGAACAUCAUGUAGUUUGUUUUUGUUCUCGGAAUUUAAAAGAGUGGGCUCUUUUUAUUAUUAUUAUGGUUGUAUUCUCCAAACUUUACGUUUGUAUGCCAACUUUCCCCACAUCUUUGUUUUUCCUCCCUUUCUCAGGAUUUGCACAGUAACUGGCACACUAGAUGUAAGAGCAGCAAGCUUUUUUGGUUUUUCUUUUUCUUUUCCUGCUUCAUUUGGUGGUGCUUAUUUUCUUAGUGGGCCAAGUAUUUGUGAUGGUUGGAUGUAAACAAAAUGUGUGCAUAUGAUAUUAAAACCCACCAUGUGCUGUAGUCUUCCUGUAGCAUUUUUGUUGUGUAUUUAAUGUGGCUUUAUGGCUGCAUUGGUCUGUGCAAUCAUAGGAAAUCAGUGGAGGAUCCAGAGUUGGGUUUGGAGGUGGGAUAGGAAGGGGUGAUGAUAUCUGAUGAGGUCCCUCUCAGUGCAGACACACUGAAAUCCAUGAAUUAAGUCAUGACUCACUUAAGUCCAUCCAUUUCAGGGAGUCUGCUCUGAGUGUGACUUAGUCAGAUAUGGCCUGGGACGUUUAGUGACAGAAGAUACAUUUAGAGUGUAAAAGUAAACAUCAUUAAUGCACGCUAACCAAAAUCAUUACUGUGCUGAUAAGGCUUCGCUUACAGUGUUGUAGAUGCUAAUGUUCCUCACUGAGUCAUGAACUCUAGUGGACAGGGCAAAGCUCAAAACCAUUUAUUCAGUAGAGAUAUUAAAUUCUAAGGGUGAGUUUGCUGAAAUCAGUUUUGACAGGGAAAGAGGUAAUAUUCCCUCCAUUCCUCUUCCAUAGUUAACUUCUUAUAAAUGCACCCCUAUGUGUUGAAAUCACAAUUGAACAAACUUCAAAUGCAGUAUUUGGGCAUGGUGAUUAAGACCACUGAAAAACGAUUAUUUCCAUGGAAAAGUUAUCAAGCACAGUCCUAUGUAUAUCUAUGCAAAAGUAAGUCCCAUUGAGUUCAGUGUGUAUAAGGCAAGUAUGUAUAAGACUGCAGCGUUAAAUAGUUCCUUUAAUCUCUUCCACUGAAACUUCACAUACAAAUUGCUUAAUUUCCUUUAAUCUCUUCCUUUGAAACUAAGAAAUUCAGAAUGCUCAAUUUUUAAUUGAAAGUGCCUUUUUAAAAAGUCAUUUGUUAAUCACCAGUUAUAAUUAUAUAAAAUCUCCCUAAAAUAUGAAUGAUUCUAAGAGACAAAGACUCCAACAACUUAUUUAUUCAAAAAAGUAGCCACAUACAUGAUGAAAACCCUUUUCUGAUGGAAUACUAUAAUUUUUAAAUAUUUUGCCCUGAACUAUACAGAGUCCAUGAAUGGACUUCCUCAUUCAGUUGGGUAGAGGAUAUGGGACACGAAUGCAGGACUGAAGCAUAUGGGAAGUUCACACACACAGGGAUCCAUUUAUGUUCGUGAUGGGGGACUUUCCAACCCUGCAGUGCACUAUAGGUAGACAUUAUUGAUCUCUAAGCAACAAAAUGGGAACCUGAAAGCAGAAAUUAUAUAGACACAAUUCCUCUAGCAGUCAUCUGUAUGAACACUGUUGAAAAUUUAUGGGCUCCAGUGGUAUUGGUAUAAUUGUCAGACAGAACAAUGUAGACUACACAACCAGGUAUACAACAAGCUACAAAAAGCUGUUUCUUAAAAUGGAUACUGAAAUUACGGAGAUCUAAUAUACUAUUUUUCAAAGAACACAUUUUUCAAAGUUGAGGGAUGUGUUAAUUCUUUUGAGUAAUGUUAUAUGUAUAUAAUAAUAUCCUCUUGGUUUAUCAAAGUUUUUAUAUCUCACUUGUUUAAGUUAUGAGCUUUUAUUGCAGGUAUUUGUUAAUACAAUUAUUUCAGAGAGAUCUUUUAACUGGUGGUGUCUCUUUCCACUAACUGUCUCUUUCCACUAGAGAGAAAAAAGAAAAUAGCAUAGUAAAUAAAUAUGCCAGUUGUUUCCUGUGUACUGCCCCUUCCUCUACAAUAUAUUUCUCCUGAUCCCCUCUCACUAUGACCAACUUCAUGCUUCAUGUUCUUAAUACUGGACCCCCCACUGGUAAAAACAUUGGUGGUUCUCUACCAGAUAUGUAUCUAAUUUGUCUUUGUGAUGUAAUCAAUGUUGCGUUUUCUUUAUGUGUUACGUUUUAAUUGCUGUGGUUAUUAUUGGGAAAAGGUUCAAAACCAAAGGCAUACAUUAUUGUACAUUAAAUUACACUACAUUUUCAUCUUACUCCUUAUAAUCCGUACAAUUUUCACAUAAAUCAUAAGCUUGAAAGUGCAUUAUUUCCUCUCCUUUGAACAUUUUAGGAUAGUUAACACAUAAUGUUAACCUGAUGUCCAAGAUACUUGGGUAAUGUUUGAGAUGUAAGGUUUUUACUUUCUUACUGAUUUUUGGUUUUCUCUUGGUAUGAGAUCUUAAUUUUAUGACCCAGACAUUGUAGGGGAAGUUUUAAGUAUUGUUACAUGUAUAGUAGAAAUAUAUUUUCUAGUCUGAUCAUAAGCAUGAUACCAGACAUCACAGCCACUGAGGUUAGUGGGAUUUACAAGCGUUGUGUUGCAGCCUAAAUACGCACCGGGGCAGAGGGACAGCUGCUUUACGCUAUUGCGUUGCCUCCCAGUUUUAGCCCUGUCCCUUUUCUUCCAAGAACUGCUGGGUUCCAGAGCAUCACUGAUGGCUUCUUGAACGAAUCCCAUUACAAAACGUUUUCGGUCAACACAUGUUCUCCUCUUCCUGAAUAGCAACAGUGGAUUUAGUGCAUGCUGUAGCAAGGAAAAGAACAUGUACUGUUGUUCAAGAGAACCUGAUCUAUUUUGUUUGUUUAUAAUGCUUACUAUUAAAUUGGUCAACAAAGUGACUUAGUAGCCAGUAUCAAAACAAUGCAGCUUUCUUCUAGAAAAUACAAAUGCACAACUUGGGCUGCCUAGGGACUGUUUCAUAGGUACGUUAUUGUGAGAUAAACCCAGUGUACAGUUGCCACAGGAACGGUUUCAUCUAUAAACAUAUGACAAGGGCCAGAUUUGGAAUCUUGGAAUGAAAAGAAAUAAACUUGCCUUGCUGGAUUGUUACUUUCUCAUGUUGCUGGUGAAGCUGAUCAUUGUGGGAUGUAGCACCAACUUGUAGUUGAAGGCAGGAAAGUAAAGUAGGCAGCUCCCAAGAGUCCAGUUCACUUUUCUGCCUUCCUCAAAAUGGUCAUGUUUGUUCUGUGGCCCAAAACUUUCUCCCCAAGGCAUUUGUUCCCAGGGGGUUGUUUUUAACCUUUCUACGUGCCUAUUCCAUUUCUGUGACUCGGCUACCACUGUCCAGGCUUUGUUCCUUCCCUUUUACUGUCCACGUCAGCCCACCCCCCCCAUGUUCUUGUCUUCUCAAGUUUUAAUCCUCUCCUGACCCUGCUCUUUAUCUUCCUUGUGUGUGCCUUAGAAACAUAUGCACACACAUACGCAAAAUAUGUAUCAGCUUGUGUUUUGAACCACACCCUUCAUUCCUCCAUGACUUUGCUCUUAUCCUUCCUUCUCCAUCUUGCCCUGUGUCAUCUUGCUUCUUUGUCAGAAGGAGCAGAGUGUGUGGGGACAUCAAUUUUCCCAGCCAAAAGAGCCAUUUGUCUUCCUUAGGAGGACAUGAGUCCUGGUCGAGUACACCCUCAUGUGUUGAACCACAGGUUUGGCUCUUACCCUUCAUGCUCCUCCUAGACAUGGCUGCCAUCAAACCAGUCCCUUGAGGUGAGUGUCUCUUCAGCAUCUACUCCAUAUUCUUUGUGGUGUUGAAGAGGGACUCAAAUUCUUGGACAGUUGUACUUGAUCUGAAACUCCCAAAUCAAUUCAGAAUGGAAGCUAUCAUCUGUACAGGUAGCCCUGCACCCUGAUGACAUUUUACUUCAAGAGAUCUCAAAGAAGCCUACCUCCAUCUCUUGCUCCAUCCUAGUAAUUAGAAAUUGCUUUGUUUGCCUUCGGCCAGCACCACUUCCACUUUCAGGCCCUGAAGCCACAACAGACACUGUAAUUCUCCCAAAGGCAUACUCUUCCAUUGUCUCCUGACACAGAGAGAUGCCGCUGCUGCCACCACCACCACCAACAAGAGCACUUGGGCAUCACCCUUGUUCCUUCACUGGGCUCAAUGAAAUUUAUUUGUAUGCUUUGAAUGAAGUGGCAUUAGGUAGGAGAGUCCCGCAACAGGUAACCUGCAGCCAUAUAUCUUACCUGAAUUUGGUAGAAGAAGAAGAGUUUGGAUUUGAUAUCCCACCUUUCACUCCCUUUAAGGAGUCUCAAAGCGGCUAACAUUCUCCUUUCCCUUCCUCCCCCACAACAAACACUCUGUGAGGUGAGUGGGGCUGAGAGACUUCAAAGAAGUGUGACUGGCCCAAGGUCACCCAGCAGCUGCAUGUGGAGGAGCGGAGACGCGAACCCAGUUCCCCAGAUUAUGAGACUACCGCUCUUAACCACUACACCACACUGGCUCUCACAUUGAUGAAAUUCAUCACCAGCACAAGAAAGGACUGUUAGUUCCUACCUGAAUUGUAGUUCUGUGUUGCUGAUAGAAGCUCAUCAAGACCUCCCUAGUUUCUUGGCUGCUUCCAGUUAGUUCAAUUAGUUCCUCUAUUCUUUUCCUUUAUAAUGGCAGUUUUACCACAAAUUCACUUUUUUCUCCUCUUAUAAUGUGAAAUAUGUAUGCUUACAUGUAACAGAUUUAAAUAAGCCUUCCCCAACCUGGUGGUCCCUGAAUGCUUUAGGCUACAACCUCCAUCUGCCACAGGUAGGAGGAGUGAUGGAAGUUAUAGUCCAAAAAAGCUAAUCAUUAGUGACAAGGAGAGAACAAGACUAUGGAGAGAUCAUUAGUAGUCUGGCAUUCAGCACUUUCAAGGGAGUACAUACACCACUUUUUAUUUCUUCCAGACAUUACUUUUGUUUAAAUACAUCUCUAUUUCAGAUAUUCCAUGGCAGUAACAUGAAGUCAUCUAUAUGUGUAACAAUAUCAUUUAAAUGCAGCAUGGGCAAUGGCAGUAUUUUAGCUAAAUAGUUAAUGUACAAUGAGACUUUAGAACUAUCUGAAUGUUUAACACAAGCUGUACAAAAUUGUUUUUAAAGGCUUCUGGCCGAGACUGCCAGUUUUCUUUUAUAUAAGCACAACAUAUUCCUUUAUUGUAGUUUAUUCUGCUGUGUCAAAACUUGGAUAGAGAUAUGAGCAGUCCUUCAAAAAAGGCUUGUACCCAUUCUCUCCAUUCAUUCAUUAAGAUCAGACUCCCUACAAUUUUUAUUCCAUGGCUCAAUGUCACCUUUUAAAAUAAAUUUCCUUUGAGAUACCUGUUGAAGAACUCAUCACAUAUUGCUCUUGAACAAGUCUGAUGGAGACCCUGUUUGUGAAUCAUUUACAUAGAUUUCUGAUAAAUUGAAACUUCAUAUAUUUGUAGAUUUAGGUAGGUAGCCGUGUUGGUCUGACGCAGUAAAAAAAAAAAAUGUCCAGUAGCACAUUAGAGACCAACUAAGUUUGUUCUGGGUAUAAGAAGUGUGCAUGCACAUGAAAGCUUAAGCCCAAACUUAGUUGAUCUCUAAGGUGCUACUGGAUAAUUUUUUAAAUUUAUUUCAUAUAUUUAUGGCAGGCGUGGGGAACCUCUAAUCUGCAGGCUCAUCUUGGCCUGCCAUGGGGUCCAAUUUGGUCUACAAGGCCAUUUCCCCCCAAACAUGCCCAUCGUACAUCAGUCCACUGGUGAUGUCAGCUGAUGGAUGGGAGGGCAGGGUUUAAUGCUGCCUUGGUGGUUGUUCCAUCAUGUUUUGAUGGUUCUAUUCCUACCUGGAGAGCUGAUUCCAGAAAGUGGUGCUAGGAGACUUAUGCUUAUCCCCAUGGCAUUUGUGCUGUGGUAUACUGCAGGAUUCAAUCUUGUGCUUUUCAACAUCUGCAUGGAACCACUGAUUGAUGUCAUGAGUUUCAGUCAGUUGGCAACAAAAUACAAGUGAUACUCAAUUCUCUUUCCUUUACAUCAGAAUCAGGUGAGAUGUUGGAAGUGCUGAAUCACUGUCUGGAUGAAGGAGAUGGACUGGGUGAAAGCUAACAAACUGAAACUCACUUCCAACAAGCCAGAGAUUCUAUUGGUGUGUGGUUCAGUCUGUUCUGGAAGGGUUCUCACUCCAGUUUAAAUGAUCAGGUUGGCAGUCUGAGGAGCACUCAUUGAUCCAGCUUUGUUGCUAGAGGUCCAAGUGGCCUCAGUAGCAUGAACUGCCUUUCAGCCCCUAAAGCUUGUGUGCCAUUUGUGAUCUCUCCUUGAUAGCAUGAAUGACUAUAGUUACCCAAGCUUUGUAAACUUUGGGUUAGGCUACAGAAAUGCAUUGUAUGUCGGGCUGCCUUUGAAAACCGUCCAGAGACCAGGCAGUCCAAAACACAGCUGUCAGUGUUUCUGAGCACGAUUUGAAGUAUUGAUACACAAAAACCUUCUGGGUGGUUUCACUAUCUGAAGUUAGGUGGACAGCUAUAGGGAAGGACUUUCCAGCACCUUGCAUGCAGAACUCUGGCAUGUAAUGUCCUUUGGGUGCUAAGCAAAGACCUUUUUAUUUUUAUUUUACUUCCCCAAGCUUUUAAACUCUGGUUAAUUUUGAUGCAUCCUGUGAUUGUUCUAUGUACUGCCUUUCUGUGUUUAUUUUCUUUUACUGUAAAUUGCCCUGGAAAUCUUAAAUUGAAGGCAGUAUAGAAAUGUUUCAAACUGAACGAAUGGAGGAAUAAUUCUGCAGGAGCCUCAUUGGGUCAGUAAUUGGUAGCCCUAUUCCAGAAGCUCAUUUGAGUCACACUUAAAAAACCAAGAUUAUAUUUCAACUAUUAUGCAAAGUUCAGAAAUUUCUAAAAUGUUGCCAAGCCCAUGCUACCAUUUUUUUUGAGAGAAAUGUAUUUCUAAAUUAUACAUAUUUUUCUUAUGAUAAAUAAAUACACCUUUCCUGCAAGUGAGUAUGACAUAUAUUUGAUUUUGAAAACGUGCUUUAAGUCUAGAUUCACUUAUAAUCUAUGCGGGUUUUUUAUAUCAAUCAGAUGAAUAUGUGAAGCUUCAGAGUUACUUUGCAACUUUUCAUAAUAUUUACUGGCAACUGGCUUUUCCACAGGAGAAAAGGUGAUGCAAGAUGAUGAAUUUACUUGUGACCUCUUCCGGUUCCUCCAGUUGCUUUGCGAGGGGCACAACUCAGGUUGGUUUAAAUAAUGCUAUUAACUAAUCCAGUGUUGGAGUAACCAGCUAUAAGUACUCACUGUAAAAGGCUUAACACCUUAAUGAAUUUUUCCAAAUAGUGCUCCAAAUAAGCAAACACAGCAUGAAGGAAGAAUAGUUAUGUAAAUUGAUAGUGCCAAUUUUCUUAAACAGUUGAGCUGUGAAAACAAAUUAAAUGACAUCUCUAGAAGCAUGUUAUACAGGAAAAAUAAGUGGAGCAACAUUGCUUAUUUUGUUGAUUCUUUCAUUCCCCUAAUUGUAAAUGUGCAUAACACAAGUCUUUUUUUACCAGGUAGACAAUCUCCCUAAUAGCUAUGUAGUACUACUUAGUGCACAGUACUACUACAGUAAUCAAGAGAUGUUCUUCUCCAAUGUAAGUGGACAGAAAGUAGAAAACUAAAUUUGAUCCUCCCUGUAAUUCAAUUCAGUUCUCCUACAAUAUCAAAAAAGUCUUCUAUCUCAAGAAUAACUAUAGUGCAUAAUCUAGAAAAUUAAGCAUAAUUAAAAUGUGUGAAAAAGAAAAAUACAGAUUAUCAGCAGGAAAUAUGCUUUAGAAAACAUGCAUUCUAUACUCUGAGAGGAGAUUUUAAAGGGAUUUAAGACAGGGGCUAAAGUUAAUUCAAUCUUGUUCUAUCUUUCCAAGAUUUUCAGAAUUACUUGAGGACUCAGACUGGUAACAAUACAACUGUCAAUAUUAUAAUAUCUACUGUGGAUUAUUUACUGAGAGUUCAGGUAAAAUAUAAUGCAUGUGAACUCUAGUUUGUUGAAAAGAAGUGCAUCAAAAUGCAAAAUUGUGUAACAUCAAGUGUUUAUAUUGCCACUUUUUUUUAGUUAUUUAAAAGUAUUUAUAAACCUUUUAAUGUAUUUUAAAAAACAAACAAACCAGAACCUUAUAAGAGAACUUGGAGGAAAGAAAUAAAAGCCUCUCCAAUCUUUCUGCUUCCAAGAGAGUAUGAAAAAAUAAAUUCCAAUGGGUGGGUGGGGGGUCAAUAUUCCUGUGCUACACUGCUUACCAGCCAACAAGCAUGAAAUAAUUUUGUACUAGCUUUUCGUGAUCCAUAAGUGUGGGCCCUGUACUAUUGUUUUUAUGUGAUUUUUUAAAGCUCUGCUUUAUUAUAUUGCUUUAGUGUUUUUAUGUUUUGUACUGUUUCACAACUCUAAUAUUGAGUACUGUAGUUUAUAAAUGCUUUUAAAUAAAAAUAAAUCUGGAGAGGGAAAGACAUGUACCUACAGAGUUAAAUAAUACCUUGGUUUUUGUUUGCUUUUAAAAUGGUUAUAAACAGUCAAACGUCUAAGAACAUGAUCUUGCUUAAUUGCCUUAUGCAACUAUCCUUCUAUAGUUUCCACACCCUCAAAAUAGCAUGAUGGCAAAUUUGGUGCAUCAAAAUCGAGAUCCCCCAAUUCUCUGCCAAUGCCAGCUAUUUGCCCUGCCCCCAUCCAUGAUCUCUUGCAUCUUCCCAAACGAUGCUGCAAAACGAUGAGGCUGCAAAAAGCAGCAAAGGACUCAAGCCCCAGAAAAAAGCUAAUGCAAACUAGCAGCUUACUCUGUCCUCUCAUGAUUUUUAGUUGCAAUGAAGUUUCCAUUGUCUAGAAGAAUUCUGGGGACUGGAACUUAAAAUGACAUUAGUCAGUUUCAUCGUUCUGGAGACUUUCUGAACACUUUGCUUUUUUUAAUUUGUCAAAUGCAAUUUUACUGAUGUUAUCACUAACGAUGAUGAUUUAUUUAUUUAUUCAGUUAGUUGUCUAAUACAAAAUAGUCUCUAGUUUCUGAGUUGUGAAUUCAUGCACUUUGUAUAUUUCUUCAUCCACUUUCAGGAAUCAAUUAGUGAUUUCUAUUGGUAUUACUCUGGAAAGGAUGUUAUUGAUGAACAAGGACAACGUAAUUUCUCUAAAGCAAUUCAAGUUGCAAAGCAGGUUUUCAAUACUCUUACAGAAUAUAUUCAGGUAACGUUUGAAACAACCCACAAACAAGGUAUAAAGUGUCUGCAUGUAUGGUGGGUGGUAAGAAAGAACAUUUGGAGCAAUAACUUUUGGCUGCACAAUAUAACUUCCACUCCCUCUCCUCUCCCACUAGAUAUAUUUGGAGUGGGUGUGUCUCCCAACCCUCUAGAACAAAUUUGGGGAGGGUGCAGAGAAAGCAGAGGAGAGGUUCUGUAGUAGAAGAAGAAAUCCUGAAGUGGAAGCAUUUCAUUGGAUAUUGCCCAGUAACUCUGUUCAUAUUCUUGUCCAAGUGAUGCUUCCCUACACUUAAUCCAGUCUCCAUCCAUUGAAAUGGGUGGACAAUUUUGUGUAUACAAAUUAAUGUGUAUGUGAAGCUGAAAGGAAAAGCCAUUUUUCACAGGGACCCCAUGGGCUAAGCAUGUCAGUUUGUUCUCAAAGAUGUUUCAUUUGUGUAACAUUUUCAUUAGCCAUUCCCACUGUCCUGACAGUAAUCAGCCAGAGGCAGCUUAUGUUAUAUUUCCCUUUUAACUUCAGUUUUGUUGUUUGUUAAAACCUCUUUUUCAGGGACCAUGUACGGGUAACCAGCAGAGUCUGGCGCAUAGCAGACUGUGGGAUGCUGUUGUUGGUUUUCUUCAUGUAUUUGCCCAUAUGCAGAUGAAGCUUUCUCAGGUACAAUAUCUAUAUAUAUAUAUAUAUUUUAAAAAAUGAAUUUAUUUUAACUUUAUUAAAGAAGACAGUCACAGCUUGUAGUAUCAAGGAGUACCCGAAGCUACAUACUUGGUCUCUCAGGGAGAGUGCUAGCCUGUCGAAAACAGGCUAACAUCCCAAUUCCUGAAACCAAUUAUCAUUGGCCAAUAGGACCCUUGUCUUACCAAUAUUUAUCCUCCGUUGAUUGGUCUUCAUUCACCUUCAUAAACACGGAUCCAUGUAGAGUAGCUGGGGUGGGUAUCAUUCCCCUUUUUGUUCAUCCAGUGAGUAAUCUUUUUUUUUUUUAAUUUAAUUUUUAUUAGUUUCAAAUUCAUAAUGCAACACCAAACAUUAAAGCAACAAAAAAGACAAACAAAACACAAGAAAACAACAAAAAAGAAGAAAAACAUUACAAAACAUAAAACACCAACAAGUUAAACUUACAAUAACUAAAUAACUAAAUCACGCAACAAUAGUUGACUUCUCAACUUGGUUUUGGAAUAUGUUACAAAGGUUUCCUAUCUGCAGUUUCGCUUUCGUAAAACUCUUAGCGUCGCACAGCGUUAUAUCGAGCCUACUGUGAUUUUAGAUUUUUACAUCUGUUUCAAUAUAUGUCAUAAAUUUAUUCCAUUCAUUAUUAAACUUUGUACCUUUUUGGUUUCUUAUUUUCUGUGUCAUUUUUGCCAAUUCUAUAUAGUCAAAUAAUUUUGAUUGCCACUCAUUUAUAGUUGGGAUUUUUGAUGUCUUCCAGUUUUGUGCUAUUAGUGUUCCAAUGAUUAAUCCAAUGAUUAAUCUGAUGACCAGGGAGUAGGAAAUUUCAUCUUCAUCAGAAUGCCCAUCCCAGCUGUGUAUGCCCUCAACGUUUGUUGUCACCAAAAUCAGUGUGAUCUUGGCAGCAAGAAAAAUUCCUUGGGCAGUCACCUCAGCCCUCUCUUAAGUGGGAGUUAACCACCUCUGGUGUAAACAUUUUUCACUCACACAAGUGUGCCCUGCUGCAGACAUGAAACUGCACUUAACCAGAAAUUUGGAGGGGGUCUCACAUGUCGUCUUAUCCCCACCCUCCUUUUUUACACUUUGAAUUCCUUUUGUUUCCCCUUCAGCUUUAAACAUAGUUCCAUGUUACAUCUGCACCAAUAAAACCAUGUUUAACCAGAUCCAUUCAUAUCAGGGUUUGGCUAACCUGCUUUCAAAUCCUGAGUGAUAUUGAAAUGAUUGAUUUUCAUUCUGAAAAAUGUUAAUUAUUUUAAGCCACAUUUCAAAGCUAUUGUUUAUUCAUAGAUAGUUUGCAAUUAGUUCAAAUCAACCAAUUAUUGUUGGGAAAACUGACUUUCUUUUUUAAAGAUCUGAUCCAAAGAGUCACAUGCUGUGUUCUACCUUCUGGCCCCUUCUUUUCCAUUCCAUCAUCACCCAAAAGCUACUCUUGAAUGUUCAAAGUGACACAGGGACCUGUAGCUGUUACAGUAUUAUCAGAAAUCAGUGAGCCCCCAAUUCUAAGCCAGAGACAUAGUUUUCUAAAUAUGAUCAUAGUUGCUGGGCUAAAAGAACACUGCCAUGAAUCUUGUAUUUUAUGUUGACAGGAUUCUAGCCAAAUUGAAUUACUGAAAGAAUUAAUGGAUCUUCAGAAGGAUAUGGUGGUCAUGUUGUUAUCUAUGUUAGAAGGUAAUUUCAUUUUAAAACUGUUUUUUUUUCUUUAAAAAAACACAAGCAAGCCCCAAACCAAACCUUUAUUGACUUUUUUCAAAUUGCAAAGAGGUAAGAAAAAUUGGUGCCAAUGGGGGAUUUCUUCCUAAUACAAAUAGCUUCAUAUGUUCUAUUUCUGUCACAGCUACAUCAAGGGAGGAAACUAUUUAAACUCCCCCUUCCUGUCUGCUAUGAUCUCUGUAAUUAUCAGCCGCCACGACCAUCCCAUAGCUGUUCUUUGCAUUUUUAGAAAUGUUCUGGUGAAGUACAAAGACACAUUUAACAUCACCUCUAGUUUGGCUCAGCGAGCAUGGAACCUUCUAAUGUACUGUAGUCUCCAACAAAAUCACAAUGUAAAAUGUUCAGUUUUACUGUUAUUGUGUAAAGGUUGUAGAGAAAACAGUAUUAACUAACAUAACUUGCUUUUUUUAAUUUCUAUGAGUUUCAGUUUUGUAAACAGUCUUCAUAAAAGCCUCAAAACAGAAUUUAUACAACUUUAAAUGGAUCACUUUUUACCCAAAAACACAAAUUAUUCAAAGUUUGACUUCUGUUUCUUUUUGUUCAUAAGUCCUUUUCUACUUUUUCUCUGUAUCUUGUUGCCUUCUGCUAGCUGAAUUUUUUUCAGAAUGUUUUUGUUUUAUAGCCAGCCAAUGUGCAUGUUAUUGGAUUAGUGAUUUCCCAUGAACACAAGUUGCAAUGCGUAUGAAAAAUAAAUUGCUUUUACCCACAAGUUUUAUUUGGUUCCAUUCUAUAAGGCGGCAGUGGGGAACCUUUUUGGCCCAGCAGACCAGAUCCUUAUCUGUUUCCAGUCUUACAAGCCAACUUUGACAGAGGGAUGUGGCCACCCCCUUGUCAAUCACCUUGGCAUCAUUAUGCCAGAUGACGGAGAGGUGGGUUGUCGUGGCCACCUGUCAAAAUCUCUUCCACAGCAAAAUGCCCCAACAACCAGUUGUGGUUACCAGAUACUUGGUAGCCACAGUGCAAGAGGCUUUGCCAGUCCUUUGCUUGCCAGUGCUGAGCAUAUGGCUGACACUGCUACUUUCUGCAGGCAGUGGUUGUGUGAUUGGGUUCCCCGCAGGAAAUUUGGUCACACAACCCAUGCAGCAGCCUUGAGCUCACUACCCCAGGGCCAAUGGAUGGCAGUGUCAGCUGAGCAAUCUAAUUUCCCACAGGAAACUCAGUUGGGCAGCCAAUUCAGCUGGUCUCUACCUGCCACACACCUGAUGUCACAUAUGACAGCAGAUGGGCGUGGGUAGGGGAAAACAGCUUGUAAGCCAAAUUGGGAUCCAUGCUGGGCCAAAUUGGGCCUGUGGGUUAGAGGUUCCUCACCCCUGCUUUAAAGCAAGGCAACAGCCAUAUUCACUAUUGACCCACAUGUAAUCCUAUCUGUAAAUGAACACUGGAUAUAUUUCAGUAAACAGGAAAUCUGGGUAAAUGCUAAAGAAGUAAAGACCUAAAUCAACACAGAGUUAAGCAUCCUUAAGCCAAUUGAUUUCAGUGGGCUUAAGCAAGCUUAACCCUUUGUUGUAUUCCGGCCAUGAUGUUUUAGCAAUCUUUUAAGGCUUGUAUAACAAAAAGUCUGGAAUCUUAUAAGUCUGAUUAUUUUUCUCCUAACGUAAAUGUUGCUCACCCCCUGUAUUACUAUCAGUAGUUCAAAAUGCUCAUCUCUGAAAUUCUAUCUAGUAAUUUUAUUGAUGUCUGGAACAGUUUACAAAGCAUUAUAUAUCUCGGGUUGUUAACUGAGUAAAUAUUUUAACAAGAAUUUCAAUGCACUUUUCCACAUUCAGGUAAUGUUGUGAAUGGUACAAUCGGCAAGCAGAUGGUUGACAUGCUAGUGGAAUCCUCCAACAAUGUAGAAAUGAUUUUAAAGUUUUUUGAUAUGUUCCUAAAACUGAAGGAUUUAACUUUCUCUGAUGCAUUCAAAGAAUAUGAUCCUGACGGAAAGGGUAUCAUUUCAAAAAGAGAUUUCCACAAAGCCAUGGAGAGCCACAAACACUACACUCAAUCUGAAACCGAGUUUUUGCUCUCAUGUGCUGAAACAGAUGAGAAUGAGACUCUGGACUAUGAGGAAUUUGUGAAGCGGUUUCAUGAGCCAGCCAAAGACAUUGGCUUCAAUGUUGCUGUCCUCCUGACAAACUUGUCAGAGCACAUGCCUCAUGACACUCGGUUGCAGACUUUUCUUGAAUUGGCAGAUAGUGUUUUGAACUAUUUCCAGCCCUUCUUAGGGCGCAUAGAGAUAAUGGGUAGCGCAAAGCGCAUUGAACGAGUUUACUUUGAGAUAAGUGAAUCAAGUCGGACACAGUGGGAAAAACCUCAAGUUAAAGAAUCAAAGAGACAGUUUAUAUUUGAUGUAGUAAAUGAAGGAGGGGAAAAGGAAAAAAUGGAGCUUUUUGUUAAUUUUUGUGAGGAUACCAUAUUUGAAAUGCAAUUGGCAGCUCAGAUCUCUGAGUCGGAUUUGAAUGAGAGGUCUGCAAAUAAAGAAGAAAAUGAGAACGAGAAACCUGAGGAACAGGAUCCCAGAAUGGGCUUCUUCUCUCUAGUAACUGUUAAAUCAGCUUUAGUAGCUCUCAGGUAUAACAUAAUGACACUCAUGAAAGUGCUAAGCAUGAAAAGUAUCAAGAAGCAGAUGAAGAAGAUGAAAAAGAUGACCAUGAAAGACAUGGCGAUGGCUUUUUUCUCCUCAUAUUGGAGCAUUUUAAUGGGCUUAAUGCAUUUCAUAUCAAGCGUCUUCCGAGGGUUCUUUCAAAUCAUGUACAGUUUGCUGCUUGGAGGAAGCCUAGUUGAAGGGGCUAAGAAAAUCAAGGUGGCCGAACUCUUAGCCAACAUGCCUGACCCUACUCAAGAUGAGGUGCGUGGUGAAGGGGAAGAAGCGGAAAGAAAGCCAACAGAAGCUCCCCUGCCUGCAGAAGAUCUGACCGAUCUCAAAGCUUUGUCAGAAGACAGUGACCUCCUCUCGGACAUAUUUGGCUUGGAUUUAAAAAGAGAGGGAGGACAAUAUAAACUAAUCCCACAUAAUCCUAAUGCAGGCCUAAGUGAUUUGCUGAGCAGUCCUUCUUUACCCCCCUUACCUGAUGUGCAAGAAAAAAUACAGGUACACACUAUAAUUUGUAUGUCUAUACUGUUUAAAUCUGAUUUUAGACUUUUAAAAAUUGUUUUUAGGAAAUAUAAAUCAGCACAUCAUGCAUGUUGAUUCCAUUUUUCAAUGGAUUAACAACUACAGAGUAUUCUCUCUAGAGAGGCAUGCCUGGCACCAUCACUAUUUAUUUUUUGAACUUUAAUUUUCCGUCAUAUCUUAGUUGGGUGGGUUGUGCUGAAUCUGUGAACUGCCCUGUGAUUCUGUGAACCGCCCUGAGACCUCCAGGUAUAGGGCGAUAUAUAAAUUCAAUAAAUAAAUAAAUGAUAAAUACUCUUCUGUACAUAUCAGUGAACAUUACAGGUCACUUAUACUGUUGUUUCUAAUGUUGGUUUGUGUAAGUUGCUUUUACCUUUUGUGAAAAAUACAACUAACAACAACAACAAUAUUGAGCAAGCAAAGCUUUCAUCUUUCUAAAGUGGCAUUGUUAGAGUUCCUCAUCUACUCUGUUUAUAAUUGGUUUGAGUUUUAAAUAGAAAACAAUAUUUUCAAGUAAAUAGGAGUGCCCUCAUUUUCUACUCAACAUGAACAUUAGUAUAUUUUAAAUGACAUAGUCAAGGCUAUGGUGCUGGGUUUUUUAAAACAUGAGUUGAAAGUAGUGCAUUGCCAUAAUUGUUUCCUCCUUAUUUGUUGAAGGACCAGAAGGUGAACGAAGAUGAAAAGGAUGAGAAAGAAGAAACUAAAUUUGUACCUGAAAAAGCAGAGUAUGUGUCAAUAUUUCAAGCAUUUAUGAAUCCACUUAUGAAUAUUGUAGUCUUAAAUGCACUUGGAAGCAAAACCCAUUGAAAUAAAUGACAACUCAGUUGUAUUUAUGUCCUUAUCUUCUAACAGCUCAGUUAUAUAGAGGAGUACAGUGAUCACUUUAGCAGUCAUUGUUAAAAGGGUUUUACAUCCUGUGUGCUUCAAUGUGAAUUAAUUAUAUUGUAAUUGCUUUGUAAAGACCUUCCCCCUUUUAACCCACUUUUAUUUUCUUCCCACUGUGUUAAAUCCAUUAUAAGUGUGUUGUAUCUUAAGGGCUUUUAUAAGUCCUUAUCCAUUAUACAUUCCCUAAAUGCCCUUUCCAGCUGUGAUCAUCUCACAUACAGUAAGUACUUGAAAGAGGACCCAGUCUUCUUUAAAGUGCCCAUGAAACAUGUGAUUGACACAGCUUGUUUCUUUUUCCAAUGAGAGAUUAUAUUUUAAUUAAUAAUGUGUGACUCACAAUAAGAUUUAUGCUUUUAGAGGAGAAGAUGGAGAAAAGGAAGAGAAAGCAAAAGAAGAUAAAGCAAAGCAGAAACAAAGGCAGCGUCACAAACAUAGGCAUGGUGAACCAGAAUCACAGGAAUCGGCCUUCUGGAAGAAAAUUAUUGCAUACCAGCAGAAACUUCUUGUAAGUGGAAUAAGUCAUCUCUGAAGAGCAGGGAAAGCAAUUUUCCUCUCAAUUGCAGCACUGGAAGGAGAGGAACCUCUCCUCCAAGGCCACCUCUGUGAUGUGGAGGAGCCUGCCCCCACCUCUGCUAAUGGGCAUAGAUCAGCAGAGUGUUGGGAUUUUAUAAUGCUCUGGGGUUUGCCAGAGGUCCCCUCCUUCUCCGAGCAUCUCCCAGUAGGCACAACUCUGGAAUGGCAUGUCCCUUCAUCUCCAGAGUGCCUCUCAGCGACAUUUUCUUAUGAAAAGUGCACACCAUUCUUCUGGCAGAACACAGCAAGAAGAAGAAAGCAUUUGUAGAUCUAAACUACGUUUAUUUACAGUCUAUGUACAGACUAGGGACGCAGGUGGCGCUGUGGUUUGAAUCCCCGCGACAGGGGUCAGCUCUCGUUGCUCGCUCCCUGCUCCUGCCAACCUAGCAGUUCGAAAGCACGUCAAAGUGCAAGUAGAUAAAUAGGUACCACUCCAGCAGGAAGGUAAACGGCAUUUCUGUGCGCUGCUCUGGUUCGCCAGAAGCAGCUUAGUCAUGCUGGCCACAUGACCCGGAAGCUGUAUACCGGCUCCCUCGGCCAAUAAAGCGAGAUGAGCGCCGCAACCCCAGAGUUGUCCGCGACUGGACCUGACAGUCAGGGGUCCCUUUACCUUUAUGUACAGACAAUGCAUAAUCACGUCUGUUCUCUCCCGCUCCGAGAGAACAACAGAAGUGAAAGUACAUUCCAAAAGUACACGUACGGUGGAAGAAAUAAGAUGGUCUUCCUGUUCUCACACUCUACUCAGACAGCAGGAGAAUUAUAUCAGUCACAAAAUGCAGCCACAGUGGAUUGGUUUACUAACCCAGAGAAGGGGGUGGUAUGUGUGCUACCUGUGUGUCUGGGCCCACUCUGGCAAUGACCACUUUUGUUCUGGCCACACCCAUUACUAGCAUGUGGUCCUCUGAGGGUUGAUCAGCAGCCCUUAGGCCAAAAAAGAUUAGCCACCCCUGCUUUAUCUGAUCAUGGCUAAAAAAUCCAAAACCUUGAUUCACUUGGAUUAUGUGAAUUCCUUAAUGAACACCAAAAAAAGUAUUUGCUGGUGAAUGUAAAUGUGUCAUUGAAACUAAUGCACACCUUAAUUUUCACAAUGUAAUUUGGCCAAAAAAGGUGAGCAUUAGGUUCGAGUAAAUGUGGUAAUUUAUUUCAAGAUCACAUUCUGUAGGUUAACGGAACUGAAUUAUUCAAAUGUAAGUAUUUAGUGCAUUUAACAUUUAUUAUUUUGUCUUUCAGAACUAUUUUGCUCGUAAUUUCUACAAUAUGAGGAUGUUGGCUUUGUUUGUUGCAUUUGCCAUUAAUUUCAUUCUGCUCUUCUAUAAGGUAACUCCUUCAUGUUUUCAUCCACUGAAGUGUAAAUGAAGUACCAUAUAAAUGAAAAUGUAUACAGAAAGUACACAUAUACACAAAAAGUAAAAAUGUAUACAAAAAGUAUACAUAUGCACAAAAAGUAAACACAUAUACUUUCUUGUUCUUUAGCCUUCUUGGGUGAUCCCAGCAAAUCUGAGCUGAAAACUGGCAUUUUAGGAGCAAAAAAGGUUACAUAGCUUAUCACUGUAUGACACACACAAACACAAAUCUAGUUCAGUAUUGUCUUUACUGACCAUCAGUGAUUCUUCCAGGUUUCAGAGAGGGUUUGCCCUUACCAAGGGAUGUCAGAGAUUGAACCUGGGCUUUCUGUACCCAAAGCAUGUACUUUACCACUAAGCUAUGGGUCAUCCCCAAAAGAGCGCGUGAUAUUUGGUGGGAGGGCAGGGAAAGAACACACAGAUCGGGAUGGGUGCAGGGAUGAGGUGGAGGGUGACUGGCUAAAUACCCUCCAGCUGCAGAGUAGUUUCCACCUACAGCAACCCCUCCCAGCUUCCACACACGUUGUCCGGCAGCGAGACAAGUCAUAGGGGAAACGGCAACAAUAACAAUAGCCGCUGCCUCUGGGGCUGAUCGCUCAGGCCCCAACAUCCUGUGGCUUGAGUGCUCCAUUCUGCCUCUAGCCUUGACUAGAAGAAGAAGAAGAGUUUGGAUUUGAUAUCCCGCUUUAUCACUACCCGAAGGAGUAUCAAAGUGGUUAACAUUCUCCUUUUCCUUCCUCCCCCACAACAAACACUCUGUGAGGUGAGUGGGGCUGAGAGACUUCAAAGAAGUGUGACUGGCCCAAGGUCACCCAGCAGCUGCAUGUGGAGGAGCGGGGAUGCGAACCCGGUUCCCCAGAUUAUGAGUCCACCGCUCUUAGCCACUACACCACGCUGGCUCUCCACUAAAGCUCCUCACUCUUCCACAAUGCUCUUGUUUUCUGAAACUGAUUGCUCCUGCCUGCAUAUUCUUCCCUCUGCAGCUUCUGCUCCAGGAAAGGAGAAUGCCCACUGGUCUCCACCUUCCCCUCCUCUGUAUCUCUUUCCCCGCCCCCAGUCCUCCAUUCCCAGGUGCUCGGAGUCGCCGCUUUGAUGUUCGCUAGGCGCAAGACUCAAUGCUGCCACACGUAAACAAAAAAACAACUCCAGGCAUUUUGCCUACUUUUAAAAAUCCCCCCAGACAGGAUUUUUUAUGCUGAAAAAGAGGACAUAUCUGGCAGAACCAGAUGUAUGGCAACCCUAAUGUUGCUGCUGCUGUGUACACUCUCUCCUCUCUACAUGGCUUAACAUGAACACAAUGGACCUAGAGUGAGACCCACAGGAUUCUGGUAAAUGAAUAGUGAUUCCUGCCUUCAGCCACAGGAGGGAGAUCUAGUCCCACCUGAGCUGAUGUUUACAUGCACCUCGAAGUGCCCUUCAUGGUAUGACCAAAUGUCUUUUCUGUUUUCAGCCGCUCCAGGAGGGCAUUCAGUCCACCUCUUCCUUCCUGGAACUAGGGGUUAUUAGGUUAAUCCAGUUUAUGCUCCACACAUGUAGAGCAGGAAAGUAAGAACUUUAGGAAUUUGUCCUCCUCCUCCUCCUCCUUUUCCGGCCUCUUUUAUAUUGAUUGUUUGACUAUUAACACUGCCGUGUUUAUUGUUAAUUCUUUUUUUUCACUACACCAACAGGCGUAAAUUUUAAAUGUCUUUCUGAAUGAGCAGGUGGGUUACUGGAUCUUCCAGUUGGGUCUGGGAGGUCAGUGGCUCUCUCCCUGGAGAAGCAACCAAGUGUUUGGUGCCUGAAGGCUUCAGGAGGAGGUGCCAUCUCACGUGUCAGGAAUGCCCUCCAGGAGACUCUGAGAACAGAAAUUCACAGUCAGAGCAUUUUCAUUUUUUUCUACUCACUUCAGUUUAUUUCAACAGGUCUCCACAUCUGCAGUGGCUGAAGAAAAGGAGGUUCCUGUGGUUAAUAUUGCUGAAAACUCCAAGUUAAGCAGCCUAGAAAGUCCUUCCCAUAGAAUUAUCACAGUGCACUAUGUUCUCGAAGAAAGUAGCGGCUACAUGGAACCCACACUCCGCAUUUUAGCCAUUCUUCACACAGUCAUUUCCUUUUUCUGCAUCAUUGGAUAUUACUGUCUGAAAGUAAGAGGACAAGGAAUUCAUACAUCUCCAUUGAAGUAGUUACAAAUAAUGUCUUGUAUCUUUAAAUAUUUGUUUUGGCUUGAGUGCAGGAUGCUUUUUCAAACACACACACAGUUCCGUCAAUUAAAAUAUCCAGGGCACUGUAUAGGAAGUGAACUGGGAGCCAAUGAAGUAAUUGCUUUGAAGUAAUGAUAAUAAGGAUAUUGUAAAACGUGCUACAAAUAUGAAAUAUUGUUAGAUAUAGCACAUUGAAAUCUUUCAGAAGUGGCAAGAGGAACAGUAGAAAACCUGCAAUGCCUUGAUAUUCUAUUUUAUCAAAGUUUUAAGAGUCAAAGGUAGAUUUCUCUGUUUAAAACAAAAUCUUCAAAAUAAGAUGAAAAAUUGUGUAGCAUUUGCAGUGCUCCUGAUAGUUUUUUCUUACUUUGCACAGAUCUUGUAUGAGACUUGUGUGUGCUAUUCCCCAAGGGCAUAGAUGCAACAAAGAUUUACGCGGCCAUUUUUUAAAGUACUUUGAAUGCAUUUGAGAUUCAAAAUGCUUCAAAAAUUUAUACAUCUAAAUUCCAGAAUGGCAUCAGUCUCUUAGAAAUCUACCAUUCCUCUUUUUCGGCUCCAGGACUUUGUGGAGAUCACUGCCCAUAUGCAUCUUGCAGCAAUUUGUAUUACCUUUUAAUUUUUGUUCCUCUCAACAAAACUGCCAAGAGGCCUGUGCAGAAACACACAGUGCUUCAAAAGUGAUUGUUUAUUUACAUUGAUAAAGGCAGAGGGGAAGCGGUCAGGAAGGGGGAAAUUUUAAGGAUGAUUGGAAAAUGUUUGUUGAAUUUUUGAAAGAUUACUGUAAACAUCUUAAAACGUCAGCAGGAUUAGAAUUAAUUUAGCAUUAAAAAUAUAAAAAAAGGAAGAGUUGGAUGAGCUAAAAUAGGGAGUAAUCAGAGUAUGCAGCAAUGAAGGAGAAGCGUAAUGAACCAUGGGGGGGGGGGAGGGAAAUCAAUGUUUAAUGUAUGGAUUGUUUGAUGUGCGAUGAUUUAGAAAAUUAAAAAUGAUAUUUUUUUUUUUCAAAAAAAAGAUAAAGGCAGAGGAGGAAAUAAAAGAACAAACCUAAGUCAUAGCAAACUGUGCAUGUACCAAUUCCACAAUUAAUUUUAGAAAAUUUUCCUGAUAAUUUUAGAAAUUCUCCCAGGUAUAAACUGGCAGUAUGGAAGAGAGUAUGGAAUGCUAAAACAAAUGAACUAAUGGAGCAAGAGCUCCAUUAUCUUUACCUUGUUUGCAUUUUCUUAAUUGGGCAACCUCAAAGGUUUGUUGUCAUGGCAACAUAAUAUUUAUGUUUUUGGUACGUAAAUAGCACUUGCCUCAGUAAAUUUUCCUUACUAUUUAGGGUUUGUCCUGGGAUCAAUUCAUUUUUCUUUUCUUUAAAAGAACAUACUUUUUUUGCUCACAAAGAAUGCUCCUGUUCAUAGGUGGGGAGGUAAGAGUUUUUUGCUCUUUCUUCCUCCUGCAAGUCUCUUGUAUCCUUUGAAAAUUUGCUCCAGAGGAAGCGGUGGUCUGGGUGAAUGCAGGGAGAAGGAAGCAUCACUGAAAAUCUCCUUCCCCUUCUGUUGAGCACUGGAUUGUAAGCGCAGAUAGGGGAAGGGCUGCAAUUGAUCCAGUUCACUUUAUACGAUAUAUACUUCCUUUAAGAUAUUAUACAGUUCAUUCAGUCUGCAUUUCCCCCAACAACCAGCUGUUCUUAAGAUAUUGUUGCUCCAAGUGCUGUAGAACAUUUCAAUCAAAUGUUGGUGUGUUUAUGUUUGGUUGCAGGUUCCACUGGUUAUAUUUAAACGAGAAAAAGAAGUCGCACGGAAAUUAGAAUUUGAUGGGCUGUAUAUUACAGAACAGCCUUCAGAAGAUGAUAUUAAAGGGCAGUGGGAUAGACUUGUCAUCAACACACAGUAAAUAUUUCUCUCUCCCCCCCCCCCCCGCCCAUCUUCCCUGAAGCUUGUGUAAGUGUAUCUCAAUUUUGGCAGUAGCGAAUUGUGAUUGGAUUCAUCUGCAACACAGAAAACUCCAAGAUUUGAGGCAGCUAUAACUAUUUUAUAUAGCUAUUAAAUGUACAUUUUAGCUUGCUUUGUUGUGAGGAUAUCAGUAAAAAAAUAAUAAUCUUCCAUUCUGCAAACAGCAGUUUCGUUUCCAAUGGCACUGAUAUGCUUGAAACAUAAAUGUUGAUUCAUACAGUCAAGUUGUUUCUCUUUUACUUAAAUUAAAAUGAUAUGCAUUUUUAAAUCCAUCUAACACAUGGAAGGUGACACAUCCAAUUAUUUAUUCAUGUUUCAUCCUUUUAAAUAUAAAAAGAGAACAGGGCACUUUUAUUCAUAGUAUAUAUUUUAAGGAGAAUGGGUUAACUGUGCACAUUCACCAGGUCUCAUGAAGAAUACAGUAUGCACAUAAUCCAGCCAUGAAGAAGGAACUGUGCACAUUUCCUAGUCAAUAUACAUAAUCUCCAACAGGCUUCGGGAAAUGUUCAUAUAGUGACUGUACAUUUUCUGAUCAUUUGCAUCUCAUAGGCAAAAGUUAAUUUUGUGUCAUAACAGAGACCAGCAAUCCAGUACACUCUAAACAAAGCUUCACAUGAAACAAUGUUGGGUUGUGGGAGUUCUGUGGACACAAUUAACACAUCUGAAUGGGAAGUUUGCACUACGGAAGGAAGACAUUCCUAGCAGAUUUUUUUUUAGUAAUUAGGACUACCUGUGUAAAUUAAACCUAUAAUAAAUUGAAUUAUUAAAUGAAUUUAUUUAUUUAUUUAUUAAACCUAUACCAUAUUAUAAAUACAUUUGCAUUAGGUAGCUUUAUUAAGCUUUUUCUGUAGGCUCUUCCUACAAUAGUGUUACCUGUGAAUUUGCUAUUCAGAAAAAUGUUUACUCAUAUGAGUGCUAUCUUACUUUUGUAUAUCUUUAGAUCAUUUCCUAACAACUAUUGGGACAAGUUUGUAAAAAGAAAGGUAAUGUUCUUAUUAUAGUUGAAUUAUGUAAUUUUGAAUUUGUCUAAAUUAUUUAUACAUGUCCUUUUGUAUCAUUAUAACCUGUAUCCAUUAUUAUUAAUUUAUUGCAGUUAUAUAAAGCCUUUCUGCAGAGGGGACCGUAUUGGUCCCCAUUUCAGAGAACUAUGACUAGAGAUGGGGAAGGAUUUCAAUUUGCUCCACAGUUUGGACAGCAUGUCUCCAAACUUUCUAUGCAUGGUUCACUGAGGUGUACUUAAAAAACCCACUAAGAUGGUCCAAGGGUAUUGUACAGAAAAGAGAUGGCUGCUCCAUAGUUUCAUAGGGACAGCUAUCCUUUUUUCUAUACAGUGGUACACCAUACCAUACUGCUGCUUCUAGGGGUGUUUCACUCAAAGGUUUUAUGCAUGCACAGCAAGUGAUGCACUUUCAAGCUGUUGCAAACAUGCAGAAAGUUUUAAAUAAAGAAAGAAUGAAGCAGGGACCCUUCAGAGCACUUGGGUAGUAUUUCUAAAUCAGUGUGUUUUGAAACUGUGGCUUUUGGUUGUUGUUGUUUUUUAAAUUGCAUGCAUUUGGGAUGGAACAGACAUGUUAGUCGGCUCUUAGUGCAAGGGACAUGGACUGGAUCAAGAAUCUUUUAUGUAUCUGUAACCAUGACUGCCUACAGAAGGUUGUGCAGCUGGCUGCAUUGCUCAUGAAACUCCAAAGAUGAUCAGUGCCUUCGGGGGAAGCACUGUUACGGAGAUAAGAAAGCACACUUUAUACACUGACUGGGGACCACUACUCUUCUUUCCAUCUAACAAUUAAUCAGCAUUGUCAGAGUGAAGGGACAAUGGGUUUGGGUAACUUGUCCCUUCAAGAGGAGGACAGGCUAGCUUAUGUGUUAAAAAUGUUCACAUGGCCCAAUCCAUAGCACUUAACCCUGGCUAGAAGAUGAAAACCACCCUUCCUACCAGCAGGUUUUCAUACUCUAGGGAGAACAAAUCUUCAGCCAGAAACUCGGCAGACAGAUGGCAGAGGCUCAUGUCUGUAUAUGCAGAAUUCAUUCUGAUUGUUUCUUUAGGAAGAUACUAACAGAAUGGAAAUUGAUGCAACUUUAUAUGGAAAAAAUGAUAUAAGAAUUGUGUAAUAUAUAUGUAUAGACUAUAUUUGCACAUAACUUUAGCCAGUUUAGUUACUUAUAUAGUUAGAAUCAUUUUUCUUUAUGUGUGCAUGUAACCAGCCUUAAGCUUAUGGCUGUUGCAGCUGCUAUACAGAGAGCAGAUCUCAGUUCUUGACUGAAGUGUACGUGUUCAUUUUGCCACAUAAUUGAUCAAUCAUUAUUAUACACAUAUAUUGUGAAUGGGCUGUUGAAAUAAUUUGGAUUCAGCUGAAAUAUAACCUGUUUUAUUAGGUUUCCAAAGUAGAGAGAAAAAUAACAAAUCACCUCCAUUCUUCUAGGUUAUGGAUAAAUAUGGAGAGUUCUAUGGAAAGGACAGAAUCAGUGAAUUGCUGGGAAUGGACAAAGCUGCUCUGGAUUUCAGUGAUGCUAGAGAAAAAAAGAAACCCAAAAAAGAUAGUUCUUUAUCAGCUGUGUAAGUUUACAAAAAAUUGGUUUUUUAAAAAAAUUAAGCAUUUUUUCAUAUGCAGAGCCUACAGCUCUUAGGCUUUUAAAGAGUGACUGUUUUUAGUUAAUAGUGACUUGAUAUUCUCAAGCAGUACAUGUGUUGGGGGCCGAUGAAAAAAAUUAAGUUGCCUGUUGUAUUUGCACUGUGAAGAAAAAGGCACCUUGCUUGGUAGCUUUUAAACAACAGCUACCAGCAUUCCCUAUCUUGGCAACACCCCGACCUUGACAGUAAGGGAAUAGGAGACUCCAAGUUAGUCAAACUCAAGUUCCAUUGAAAUCUGCAAGACUUAAGCAAUAUGUGACUUUUCCAUUAAUUUCAAUGGAACCUAAGUAUGACAGCCUUAAUGUGGAUUGGCACCAAUGACAGUAACACAAAUAGGUUAAGAGAUGUCAGCUUCUUGGAGAAAGAAGUAUAAAUGCAGUGUUGUUCCAGUGGGGGUUUCUGAGCAAAAAUAAAAAUAGUAUCACCAGAAUCUGCCCCACUGCCACUUUUAACAGUAGCAAUAGCAGGAAUUAAAAUGAUAUUCAUAUGAAUUGGUUCUAAGACAGCUAUGUUGAAAACAGGGCAGUGAUGGCUUGAUACCAAGGCUGAAUGUGAUAAUUGUUACAUAUUAAUAUAGUGUUAUUUCCUACUGUGUCUUUCAUAUAUUUUUUCCAGACUGAAUUCUAUUGAUGUAAAGUAUCAGAUGUGGAAAUUAGGAGUUGUUUUCACUGAUAAUGUAAGUUUAUGCCAUCAAAUAUAAAUUAAGUACUAAAGCAGGAAACUGGUUUAGAGUGUGAGAUUUGGCUAUUUUAAGUGAGGUUGAAAAUGUGUGCUUUGCUAUAUUAAGACUCUGAACAUAUAUAUGGCCAAUUCCAUUUGAUAUUCAGAUGUAAUGUAGUGUAAAUUUUAUCGUAUCAGUGAAAGUCUAUUUAUGACAUGUAAGGGAUUGUUUAGCUUUGCAUUUGAUAACGUAGGCUGUUGGCUAUGACUAUUCAUGCUGCAAUAAACAAGAAUUUUCCAUGCUGUUUCCUUGUAGAUGUAACUAUUCAUCAUUUUUCAGAGCUAGAACUGAACACACUGCAAAGCUCACAUAGAGGGCAAAAAAUCAUCCCGAUGAGAUACAGUGGUUAAUGAUAAAUGAUAUUGGCUGAUUUUGUUAUUUAGACCUUGAAAUCAGAUAUCCUCUCUCCCCAAUUCAUUCCUUUACUUACGAAAGCAGGCUUUUGGUAGAGUAUUGAUUCAGUUGAAAAACUGAAGGUUUUAACCAGGUUAUUUAAAAAAGCACAAAAAAUUGUUCAUUUAAAAAGAAUAUGAGUUAAAUAAAACUGAUUUAAAAUGUUUAAAAUCUAUCUUUUUUGCAUUUAUUUGGCAGCUGUUAUGCUCAGAUCUAGGGCACCAGGAAUCUUGCACCUGGUUGUAUAAAUUAUUGAGUUAUUUGGUUUUGCAGUUGAGUCCAGUUAAUCGCAAUUAUCAUGUUGUCUGCCCUUUUUCUAAUUUUGUUUUACGCUUUCUCCCUGAAGUCUUUUCUGUACCUCGCCUGGUAUAUGACCAUGUCAGUCCUUGGUCAUUACAACAACUUUUUCUUUGCUGCUCAUCUUCUUGACAUAGCAAUGGGAUUCAAAACGUUGCGAACUAUUCUGUCAUCCGUAACUCACAAUGGCAAACAGGUAAUGUUGUCUUUUCUAUCAUUAACUACACUAUCCUUUAAAACCAAGUUGGUAAGGAGGAACAAUUAUACAAACAGAAUAGAUAGAAACAAAAGGGAUAAGUUUCAUAAUGUUUGUCCUAAAAAUUCAAAGGAUAAGUCACAGUCAUACUUGCAACUCUGAUUUUGCUUAAUUAGUUGUAAAAAAACCAUACAGUGGGUACUAAUGUCUUAACCAGCACCAUACUAUCAGUGUUACUAAAGUCUCUUUUCCUGCGGCUGCAAUGGGCGAGGAGGAAAAAGCAAAAGUUGCCUCUUCUCUUCUGCCAUUUGCAUAGGUAUGGAUCACUGGAUCCUCAAACUGAAGGGCACAGUUGGCUGUAACCCAAAACUUCAAGUCAAUAUGCUAAAGCGUCUCUCCUUUUUCUUUAUUAGAAAGAAAACUUCUGCGUGAGGGCAUUCAGCACAGAAAUAUAAUUGUUCUGUCAAAUCAUAUUGCUGUACUCUUAAUUAAUAUGUAAUGUGAUUUUUGUUUUGUUUUUUUAGCUUGUGCUCACAGUAGGAUUACUGGCAGUGGUAGUUUACCUGUACACAGUAGUCGCAUUUAAUUUUUUCCGCAAAUUCUACAAUAAGAGUGAAGAUGGAGAUAUGCCAGACAUGAAGUGUGAUGAUAUGCUAACGGUAAAUAUUACUUUGACUUUUAUUCAUCUCUCCUUGUGUUGCUAAUACAAAUUCUCGAUGCCAUUCAUAUAACUCAGUAUGGUUAUUAUAAACAUAAUGCUUUCAGAAAAAGGAAGGUUCUGUUACUAUAAAUUGACAGUGGCAAAAGGAUAUAGUAAUUUGAUUUCUCUACAAAUACUAGAAAUACUCUAUAGUCAGAAUAAAGACUUGCGUGUCGAGGUCCCCAGGGCCACCCCAAUAACUCACACAUAACACAGAAUUUUUUGUUUAAGAUUUUUGGCAUAAUUUUGGCCACAACUUUAUUGAAAUACAAAUUUGUGAGUGGUUGCUUAGGCAUUGGUUGCGACUAUCUGCCCCCACCAUGGGGGACAGACUGACAUUCCGCAUGAUGCGAAAGUCAGAAUAGGGGAAUACACUUGGGGGUUACGCGGAGCAGAGAACCUGCCCUCACCCCAAAUGCAACCAGGAGCUCAUUGCUAUGGCCCGAGCCCCCUUGACAGAGUGGACAAGCAAUAGUUAGCCCCCAAUUCCUUUAACGGAAUCCCUUGCAGCAGCAGCAUUAGAGGGGCAGGCACUCAACCUACCAAGGGCAGGCACUCAACCACUUCCCCCAACCAACCAAACCAUAAACCAAUGCCUAACCGCAACCUUACAAGUUGUGACGAUUUGCUACGCAGUAGGCAAAAACCAAAUGGCCCCAGCCAAUCAGCCAGAUGGACAAAAUUCCUACCAGGCCCCUGCCCCAAGAGCAGACGACCCCAUGACAGGCAUAGCAAGGUCAAAGCAAACAACCCUAAUUCUAGGGAGGGGGGGACGGGCAAUCCGAUGCACGGUCGAAAAGAGGAAGCCCUAGCCUCGUGCAAGGAGUUUUAGCAUUUCUGGCUGUCAAUCAACAAAUGGCAACAUUAACUUCUUCCCAACAACAUGGGAAGCCCCAAUCGCAUCAGUGGCCAACGAACAAUUAGCCCGCCCCCAACUUUGGAGUGUCCUGGCGGCCCCCACCGCAACACGUGCUCUCCAUGAAGGAGAACACGCUAUCUCAAAAGCUUGCUCUUCUCGGAUAAUAGUGACAAUUAGGAAAGCUGGAAUGAUGAUUUCUCGUGAGUUGACUUUUAGUCAGGCUUCAAAGUUACAGACAGAACUAGUAACAUACCAACUGUUUAUACAGUACAACAAAAACUACUUUUAUGAUAACACCGGAGUCUUGUCUAGUAAAAGGAAUUUGUCUGUCUCUGAAGCCUGAACUGAAGUCAGUGUGGGAGAGGGAGGGAAUUAGACUGUUAAAAAUAUUUGUAAGGUUUCUCAUUUCAAACCACAUAUCUUUAACCCUUUGUUUACAAAAGCAUUGUAAAACAGUUAUCAAUAGUUAUGAAUCCAAGGCCUAGUGUCAAUAUGCAGCAUCCUGUCUCCAGCAGGUGGGCCUUGCUAGUUUCUGUAUUUAUGCCAAACAACAAAGUGAAACUGCCAAUAAAUAAAAACAACAAAUUUAAAAGAAAGCCGUAUUCUGUACACAGAUAUCCCAAUCCAUGGGGGAAGCUGGCUCCUUCCCGUGUGAAUGUUCCUAGUUUACAGUUAUCAGCUGUUCAGGAGGGAUAUUUUAGCAAGAAAAUUUUGUAUGAAUAUAGGAAAAAUAAUUAGUAUGCCUUGUUUUCUACAGUUUUUAAGAACAAAAUAAUUGCCCCCUGUACGUAUUCAUCAUUCUUUGUGGCCUCUGUGCAGUUUCACAUUGGUGUGGUGUGGCCUAAAAAAUAAGUUUAGCUGCUGAUUUAAGCAGUGGUGAAGCUGCAGUCAACAGCCCAGCAACAACCUCGUGGGAAUGAAAUUCUGUAAGAGGGCACUGCCACAGUGCCAGCCUGCUGAGGGUAACUUCACCACUGCUUCAAGCAGUGUUUUGUAAAAGAAAGGCAACUGGAACCCUCUGCUGACUCCUGGUAACUCCCCUCAACAGAUUUCAUCCUCCCCACUGAGAAGGGUGAAGACUCCCCCCCCCCAAAAAAAAAUUGUACAGGGGCUUAAUGGUCCCCCCAUCAAAGCAUGGAAAGGUUUAGCCUGGUGAUAGGGACUAGGGAGCAUUCAGGCUUGAGGCUGGUGUAGGUUUGUUAUGUCCAAACCAGGCCAUGAUCUUUGAGAGCUUCUCUGAAGAGUGUGAUGCUCUCUCACCCCCUUUCCCUCAGGUAAACAGACCUGCAUUCCCACUCUCUUUGCAGCCGCUCAUUUAUCUGAAAUUCUGACCGAAAGAUCAAGGUGCAGUUUAAGCCUUAUGCAGAUUAAUAAAUAGCAAUAGCAGAUGUAGAAUGUGCAUUUUUAAUAUUACUGUCUUUUCCCAUGUGUUCGUAGUGCUAUAUGUUUCACAUGUAUGUGGGAGUGCGUGCUGGUGGUGGAAUUGGUGAUGAAAUUGAAGAUCCAGCAGGCGAUGAAUAUGAAAUCUAUCGAAUCAUCUUUGAUAUUACGUUUUUCUUUUUUGUAAUAGUUAUUCUCCUCGCUAUCAUCCAAGGUACAUAUGCAUAUUUUUUCAGUUUAUAUUGUAUUUUUAACUGACAAAAUUACCCUUUCCCUACUGAUAAUUAAAAUCCCAUUUUUCCCUGGCACAUGGGAUGAAACAUCAUUCCGUCCAAUAUAUAAAAAAUAUAAACUUUCUGUGUCUAAUAUAUUUGCUUAUGUUCAAAAUAUAUUUAAUGUGAGUUUAGUGUAGAGAUGUAAAAAUUUCUGGAAAUUUUGAAGCCAUGGGAGGAGGGUGAGAAAUGCUUUUUCCCACAGAUUGGGAAUGGGGGGACGGGACAGAAAUUUAAUAAAAAUUGAAACAAUUUAGUACUAUAAAGAAGUGUGUGUUGCAUGUCAAAGAUCACUUUCUUACUUUAGGAACAUAAUGUAUAACUUAGCUUAUCAUAGAUUUAUCAUGUCUGGUAUAUUAAAAGUACAGUUUAGCCAGACAAUAAUUACAAACUGAAUUUAUUUUUUAUUGUUACAACUUAAGCUACAAGUUGCUGAACUGUAAACAACCUAGCAUCUCUUUCAUUUUCCCAGUUUAUGAAGAGCUAGCAAAAAAUAAUAAAAAGAGAAACCAUCAACCCUGUAGUAAAACUGAUAAUUAUUCUGAGAAUUAUUGAUUUAUCCAGUCCUCCACAGUGUACACACAUUAAAAAGAACCAGGGUUUUUGGUUUCAUUUGGGGAGAGUUCUCAUUUCGGGGGGGGGGGGCAAAAAUCAAACAAACAGGAGCAGUGGAGGCAGGAGAGUAGCAUGAAAACAUCCAUACUGGGUUUUGGGGGUGGGGGUGGUAGAGUUAGGCUUUCAAAUAACACCUAAUGGAUGCUUUACGUCUUAUUUUCCAAAAGUCUCCAAUGAAAUAGCUGAGCUUGGGCUGCUGCAACUCCUCUUUCUUUCUUGCUUCCUUCCCCAGAAUGCCUUGUGGGAGGAAAUUAGUGUUGACAUAUUAGCAUCUGUCCCAAAGAUACUCUGUCACCUUAGAAUGUAAUUGUCCAUCCAAUUGCAGCUAGUGAGAUACCUCUGGGAGGCUCGAAACCAGGGCAUGGAAACAAUCACCUAAUCUGUUAGCAAUGAUUGAGCCUAAAUCUAAAUAGGGCUUACCAUGGGUCUGUUGUGAUGGCCUCCAGCUACUGCAAUUCCCAUCAGCCCCUGUCAGUUUUGUCAGUGGUCAGGGAUGAUGCAAGUUGUAGUCCAUAACAUCUGAAGGGCACUGUAGUAGCUACCGCUGCUAUAGACAGUACUGUUUACCCAGUCAAAAUAACCCCCUUUUUGGGUGCGGGUAACAAAAUAAUAUUUAACAGAUGUAUUUGCAUACAAGGAACAGGAGAUAUGAGAUCUGAUUGCCGUCUGUGAACUGCCAACAGCUCUUAUUGGCAUAUGCCUUAUGACCAGGAUAUUUGCUAUCUUUGAAUGCAGUUCCAGUCAUCUGAGUCUCCUGCCGUGCCCCAUUCAAUAAAUAUAUGGUUUCUGAUUCCCUGCACCAUCUUUGUGAAAUUGUGCUGAUGUGGAUUGGUAUGCCAAAACAGCUAAAUGCAGGCUCAAGAGCAAAGCAAGCUGAAUGCUACAGGUUGAUUUCACUCAAUUAAAAUGGAGCUAAUGCUAUUUGCUGAAUCCCCUCUUUCCCAAGAUGCUCCUUUCAUGGCACUGAAGGAGCAAAAACAUUCCAGCUCUCAUGCAUCAACUGGUAUGGAAGAAAAAACGCCUGAUUGAAAUAGCAAUCACACAUACGGUGCUAUAUAGCUGAAAAUUAGAGACAAGCGAAUAGGAUAAAAUGGUGUUGUCAGGUCUUGUAUAUGUACUGAAAUCUCAUAAAAGCACACACUCUAGUUCCACUUCUACAAGAACUCCAACCACAAAAGGUCCUGCAGAGCUUUGCACAUGAUUGGCUCAUGCCCACAAUCUGAGUGUAUGUAUAUGAAUACUUCUCAUCUGCAAGAGCCUUCAGACCCAGUACCUCUUCACUCUUUCCUUCUUCUGCAGCAAAUCUCCCCUUCUCUUGUAUUUAUAUUCUUGGCUCUGAUGUGAUUUAUUUCUUUCCCCUGUUCUCUAAGCCACAGUCCAUUACCUUUGUCGAGCUCUGUUAAUGUGACUGUGUUAAUAAUAAGCAUUCAUAAUGAGAACAGGAAAAUGAAAUGAUGUAACCUCUGGAUGCUGUCACAUAAGCAUCUUUUAGCAAUUAAGACUUAUAUUCCAUAUACACACUCUUGUGAAGAAGGAACAAGAGAUUAAAGUCAGUCUACAAUUAGUGUAUUUUUCCAUGAAUAAGACCAGGCAUAGGCAAACUCGACCCUCCAGAUGUUUUGAGACUACAACUCCCAUCAUCCCUGACCACUGGUCCUGUUAGCUAGGGAUGAUGGGAGUUGUAGUCCCAGAACAUCUGGAGGGCUGAGUUUGCCUAUGCCUGUAUAAGACACACAUAUAGGACGACCCCUAUUUUUUGGAACCCAAAUUAAGAAAGAGAGCCAGAGCCCUAACCCAAGCCUGCGCCACCUGCACCAGAGCCCGAACCUCUAUUCAUUCACCAUCCGUGUAUAAGGUGACCCACAAUUUUUAAUCAGAAAACAUCAUCUUAUACACUGAAAAAUACAGUAGUUUUCUCCUCUUGUUUUAUGAACUGUGCUUCAGACAAUUCCAGUUUAUAUGGCAAAUUCAAGCACUUCAUGUACACACUAGGGCUGGACAAUAUCUGGUUUUCAAUACCAUGUUAUAUCACCAACUAAACAUCACAAUAUCUCGAUAUAUCACAAUAUAUAUCUGCGGUGGCGGAGGGUCCCACUGGGCCUCGCCGCAGGGGAGGAGGACCCUGCUGUGCCUCCCCAUGGAAGCGGAGGACUUUGUGGGCAUCCCUGUGGGCGGCCUUGCCGUGCCUCCCCACAGAUUGACAGAAAUGUUUCUCUGAGUUAAACAUAGAUUCAGCCUCUACAGUCAUAUUUACUACAAACUCUGGCGGUGAUUUGAGCAUUCAAUGCAUAUAACUUUAGUUUUGAGUAAGGUUUAAACGUGUGCAUCAGAUUAUGACAGAGUUUACAAAAUCAAAAGCAUCACCUUAUUUUAAGUAUCACCUUAUUUAUUACCAGGUUUAAUUAUUGAUGCAUUUGGAGAAUUAAGAGAUCAGCAAGAACAAGUUAAAGAAGACAUGGAGGUAAUAUAUAUCAGCAAUUCUGUCGUGAUGUAUAUGGUAUUUCUGUGAAACAGAAAUACAUGUGUAAUAGAAAAAAAUAUUGUGUAUAACAAACAUCCUAGUGAGAGGAUUCCAGUUUAGGAUUUCCCUGGCGUACUUCUUUUACAUACAAUAUAUGAUGGACUAUUGGGCUGGCAUUAUGGAGCAGCACUGCAUUCUGAGGGCUUAUACCACCAACAUUCAGUGCUAUAAUCUAUGCCAAGCAGUGGUGGUUCUCCAAAGAUUUAGGCAGUGGUGUUUCCCAGCCCUGUUUCUUGAGAUCCUUUUAAGCAACAAAUGCUAGGGACUAAUCUUGUGUAAGAAAUGCAUGUUCUCCACCUAGGGAUGGAGAAUAAAUUAGUACGCUUCACAUUUUAAAGAGAACCAACCUGAUUUGCCAAUCUUGUAUUUAUACAUGGAUAAAUAAAAUUGGAUUAUGUGUUUUGUGAAUAUUGCAAUGCAGUUUCGGUUUGAAAAAAUACACAUUUUGAACAAACUUAGAAGGCAAAUGCAUUGGAAAGUGUACAGAAAAGCUUAUUUUGGGGAAAAUGUGUGCUUUGGAAGGGAGGCGUACAAUUUAAAUGCAGCUAAAUCUGAAAAAACAAACAAACAGAAAUAGGCUGCUUCAUCUUCCCCUAGUUCUACUACUGAUAAAUAUGGCUUUUUCAGAAAUAGUACAGGAAAAGGAAUAGGAAAAUUUUCAUUUCAGCAUUGACCCUUUAUUUUCUUUUACUUAACAGAGAGAAAUAUUUUAGCAUUCAGAAACUAUAGGUUGGAAAAGAAGAGGGUACAUUUCUAUUUAAGGCCUUAAAGCAAGGGAUUUUGCUAAGAAGUUUGAACUUGGCAUACAGAGUUUCCUUGUUUUCCUUGUACUGUUAAAGAAUAUUUGGACAAUGUAUUUUUUUCCCAUUCUUUUUAGACCAAAUGCUUUAUUUGUGGGAUAGGUAAUGACUACUUUGACACAGUGCCCCAUGGUUUUGAAACACAUACUCUACAGGAGCACAACUUGGCUAAUUAUCUGUAAGUACUUUAAUGUCAUCGAAUCUGAAACAUAAUAGGAGAUGCAACAAGUCAAUAUUUUGAAGUAAAACUCUAGUUAAAUUUAUAUGGUGGUUGGAAAAGGAAGUAUUUUGCUUUGUGACAACAACAACAAAAAAAGGUCAGGGGAGUCCCCAUCUAGUAUUGGAUAAUGUGCUUAAAUCUUGAAUUAUGAUAUGCAAUUUGAAACUGAACCAUAAUCGUUGGAAACAGCACGAAAUUGACAACUAGAAAAUAAAUCCUAUUGAAACUCUUAAUCUAAGGGUUGAGGCUUUGAGCCCCACGUCGGGCAAAAUAUCCCUGCAUUGCAGGGGGUUUGACUAGAUGAACCCUAUGAUUCUAUGAACUAAAUGGACUUAAAGGCUUAGUUAAAUUCUUAAAAUAACAGAUGCAAUAUAUACUAACAAGUUACAAUGAGUCUUGUAGCCUUUCACUUCAAUUCAAUUUCUGGAAGCCAAGUUUGGAUUCAACUGAAACCAGAAUUUAGUUUCAUAUCCUAGUAUGGAGGGACCCUAACCCCCAAUUUCUCAGUUUGGAUGUUAAGAAACCAGGAAUUUGUUCAGGGAGGGAAUAGGUGAAGUGAGGUGAGGAGGGAGCCAACCAGCGAAAGGAUUGCUCCUAGUUCAAUAAAAUAUGAUUUAGUAGACUGGUUUCUGAACUGGAGCAAUAAAUCAUAGCCAUGAAUUUCCCAUUCUACACGUGAGAGGCCUUUGCUUUCUAAUGACAGGCUGAUACGUUCUUUCAUUUUUAGUUAUUUCUUAUAUACAGGUAUUUCAUUCUCAUGUGUGUGUGUGUGUGUGUGUGUGUGUGUAUAUAUAUAAUCAUGAACAACAAAUUCUUUCUUUAUCUUAGAUUUUUCCUGAUGUAUCUCAUAAAUAAAGAUGAAACCGAACAUACCGGGCAGGUGAGUCACCAACAUGUUGUGUAAUAAUAACUACCUAAGAUUCAUUUUUUUGUCAGAAACUUUUAAAUGUAAUCUACUGUGAUACAAAUUGGUACCAGUACCUAGAAGUCCAUUAGAUGAGAAAAUAACUUUUUGUUACUUUUGAUAGCUAUGUGAAGUUUCAUUUAGAAACAUUUCAAGAGCUUACAUCAAUUUUGAUAUUUUCUUUGUCUCCUCUACUACUUGUGUUAGUUUGGAAGGUCACAUUUUAACUUUUUUAAUGAAUUCACAAACAUUUCAACUUCUGGUUCUUUCCACUCACCAAAGUUAUGGUAUGUCAUGUAGAAACUGGGGGAUUUGCCACCUGUAUUUCUUUUUGCUGAUGUAUUGUUCCAGUCCAGCAAGGGAGAUUUAAGCAUUCCAUAUACAUAUGUUCAUCUGGAUGCAUAUCCUGUAUCCAUGCUCCUCUAACUGGAUGGUUCUUGAGUUCUGGCCCUUUGAAAAAAUACAAGCAUUGGAAAAUUAAGAAAUGUUAAUACUCAUCCUUACAUAAUAUUCAUUCCCCCUGUGGAAGAAACCAAGAUAGAUUUUGUAAAGUCCUACAGAAGCAUAUUAUCCCAUAACUAAAAUUGCUGCUUUUGCUAUUCUAGACAGAGAGAUACAGUAUUUUGUAGAUUUGCAUGAGGCUUAAUUUUCUGAUGCUGUGGAUUGGAUCUAGUCCAUUUAUCUCCAAGACCUACAAUGGCGAGGAUAAUAAAGAAAUAGGGUCCUGGUUAGACAACACUAUACAACAACAGAAACUGAAACACAGACUUGGAUAAGAAAUAAGUAGAAAUGCUUAAAGUAUUUAUAAUGCUUCUGCCUCAUGUGAAAGCAGAAACGUACUUGAGAUUGCUUCAAGGCGACGGAGUUAAGCUUUUCUCUGAAGUAACUACAUUCCUGUCUUUGGGUACAGGGGGGACACUAAAACCACCAGACUGUUGUAAGAUCAUGAAGAAAUACCUUUCAGAUAAGGCUAAUGAUCCCUUCUCUAUAAAGUUGAAUCAGUGUGUACAGUACGUAUUUCAGCAUAAAAAGCUAGGUUUUGGUCAUCCUUUCAAAAUACUUCAGACUUGCAAUAGUGAAAGUUUUAGAGUAAGUGGCAAAAGUCUUUCAAAUGUAUUUUAAAAGUAAGUUCAACUAUCGUUCUCUUCUGUGUCUUACAGGAAUCCUACGUAUGGAAAAUGUAUCAAGAGCGAUGCUGGGAAUUUUUCCCUGCCGGUGACUGCUUUCGAAAGCAGUAUGAAGACCAGCUUAACUAAUUCUAGUUGAGGACUAUCUCUUGAGAAACCAUCCACACCUCUCCCGACUCCUUUGGGAACAGUUACCAGAUUUCCCAGAUCUAUUAAGCAGUGUGCUGUUUGGAGCACCAAAGCUUUUUUUGAUGACUCAGCUGUCCUUUUUUCUUCUAUGUUUGCUUUGAGAACAAUGAGAACUUAACUCUGGGAAGAGAAGAAAAAAUAUCCCACACAACAAAUCCCCAUACAUAACAUGAACACACGCACACAACAAGAGACUCGACAGCUUUUUUUCUCUGAGACUGCCUGAUGAUUUCCUUAACUAAGAGAACACAUGUGGGGUAAUGUGAUAGCCACAUUCAUUCAGUCUAUUUAUUUCAUCAUCCUGGAAGGACCUCUGUAGUUCACGGAGUGCUGUAAAGGAUUGUUGUGGACGCUAAGUUGUGGGGAAAUAGUGCCUUACUAUAUGUAGGUUGAGCUAUGCAGAAGAUGAGUGCAUGAUGACAUCUUUUUUUCUUUAUUUGUCCUCUCUUUCCUCCCAGUUAAUAUUUAUUUUGUCUUCUGGAGGGACUUGGGAGGGAUUUGGCUGUGCACACCUUUUAAAUAAGACUAUGGCGUGUCUCAGGAUAAAAAGUAGUUUUUUUCUCAUUAAGCUCAGUUCACAGGUAUCUUCCUCUUUAUCUCUUACACUUAUUUUGGUAAUGCUCUGAUGCAACACUGCAACUUUAUGAAAUCUUUGUAUGAAAACAAAAAGACUGCAGAAAAAAACUUUAAAAAGAAUAAUUUCAUUGCAUGUUUAUUAUGCAAGUUAAAACAACAAAAAGCAACCUUCUGAAGCAAGUUGAUCAACAUGAGAAAACAUUCACGAUAAUAUUCAUAGUAAUAAAGUGUUGUGGGCUUUAUUGUACAUUUGAAACCAGUGUCAUCAACCCACUAUGUAUAUGUUAUGAACUUGCCAGUAGUUUGGAUUUAUUUUCUUUUUGUUGUUUUCCUUUUUGUUCAUUUUGCCAUUUGUGAUCAUUAGUGGAAUUAAGGUUUUUCUUAGGUCAAUUUUUAAAAUCCAAGGUGAAGCAAUAUCCAUUCAGGGAUUUCAUUAUUUGCAUCAUGAAACACCAAUGAUGUGUACAUCACUCCAUUUUGAGUCCUUUUUUGAUUGUAAUGCCAGUCUUUACAAAUAAAAGGAGAGAUUUGGAAUGGAAGCAAGGUGCUUUCGCUGUCACUUGGCUUCUUUUUAACAGAGGCUGUCAGUUUUUCUCUAAAGUUAUUGCAACAAUUACCCCCCCUUUCGUCUUUGUAGCAUCACUGUGGUUCCUUCUGCCCUAGUGAACGUUCCAAUUUAAACCCAAACCACCACUUUACACUGAAGAAAAUCUGCUUCUUGAUCACACUCACUUAGCUGUAAUAAAAGGUUCAUUCCAACCUAUCUUUCAAAUCAAGAGAGAGUUUUGUGGCAACUUAAAGCCUAAUAAAAUUAUUAAGGUAAACCUCCCAAUUGAGAAUAAUACUUUAUGUGGACUCUAGGCUAUAAAAGCUUAUACCAUAAUAAACAUGUUUAAGGUGCCACAAAGCUUUCUUGUUUCUGUCGCAGCAAACUAACACAGAAACUAGCCUCUGGAGACCUCUAAAUUUAUGUAGUAAUAUUCAAGAUAAUUAAUGGCUGUACAUAUAAGCAAUUAUCUGAACCAGUUCUGCAUAUCCCUUUCUGGCAAACCUAGACAGCAUCUUAAAAAGCAGAGACAUCACCUUGCCAACAAAGGUCCGUAUAGUUAAAGCCAUGGUUUUCCCAGUAGUGAUGUAUGGAAGUGAGAGCUGGACCAUAAAGAAGGCUGAUCGCCGAAGAAUUGAUGCUUUUGAAUUAUGGUGCUGGAGGAGAUUUGAGAGUCCCAUGGACUGCAAGAAGAUCAAACGCAUCCAUUCUUAAGGAAAUUAGCCCUGAGUGCUCACUGGAAGGACAGAUCGUGAAGCUGAGGGUCCAAUACUUUGGCCACCUCAUGAGAAGAGAAGACUCCCUGGAAAAGACCCUGAUGUUGGGAAAGAUUGAGGGCACAAGGAGAAGGGGACGACAGAGGACGAGAUGGUUGGACAGUGUUCUCGAAGCUACAAACAUGAGUCUGACCAAACUGCGGGAGACAGUGGAAGACAGAAGUGCCUGGCGUGCCCUGGUCCAUGGGGUCACGAAGAGUCGGACACGACUAAACGACAACAUCCCUUUCUUCUAAUCUACACUAAAUUGCCAGGAAAGUUUUGUUUUCUACUCCACUCCAACCUUUAAAAAGGGAGGCAGGAGACAGUAGAAACAAAUUAGAAAUCUAGUAAUGACUUAAUCUAGUCUUAGAUCUUGUUAUCUUGUGUUAGGGCUGACAGAAUGAAUUGGUCUCUACUGUGAAAAGGCUAGAGUGCCUAGCAGUGAAGUUCUUUUGAGAACUUCCCAGAAGACACAGUGUUAAUUAGAACAUUUUUAAUCAAUGCUACAAUAUAUUUCUUAGUAUAGGAUUUUAUCUUGGUGAUAAACCAACUGAUAAGCAAUUUAUGCAUUAUAGAUACCCUUUGUCAUAUACAAAAACACACACACCAGGAGAUAGGGAUCACUACUUAACAAUUUGCAUUUCCUUGUUACAAAUUUAUCCUUUGCUUACACAUUUGGGAUUCUAAGCAACUAUACACUACCCAAAAUGCAAUAUCUUCCUGAUUGUUUAAAGCAUCAAGCAAACCUUAAGAGAAUCUUGCUUGCUUUUUAAUUAGUUUUCAUCAUGGCAAUUUGCUGGAGCAUCAUUACUCCCACGUUUGGUAAAAAUAAUAAGAAAUAAUCGCACACCUUAGUUAUUGAAACAAGGGGUGAUUAAACAAUGAAGACUGGACAGGCUGAGGCUGCUUUAAAUAUUAACAGCUGUGAACUGUGUGUGUAGGCCUUCACCAAAUAAAUCCAGAGACUUACUUCGCAUUUCCACUAAUGGCGAGAAUGUCUGUAAGGGGACAGUGGUUUUUUUGGGGUGGUGGUGAAGUCAUGUAUAGUGAAAGGCAUCUUCCGGAGCACUGAAAAUGUUGGCUACAAUGUGUGCAUUGCCAUGGAGGGGGAUUUGAUGGGGGGGGGUUGUCUUUGCCCAUUGGUCAGUUUCUUUUGGUGACAACUGAUGGCUGAUCUGGGCAAUCUCAUCCACAUGGUACACAAAGCAAAACUCAAAUCUCCUGCACACAACAGAAAGAGAUUUGCAAUCCCAAUCAAGUUUGGUUUACAAAAGGCAUUCCUGCACAUGUCUACUUUUCAUCUUCAGUUUCUGAUUCAGCAAAUGAUACCUAAACAGAAGCCUUACAUAUGCAGAUAUGCACAGCUAGAUGGGUAUGAUCCUGAACAGCAAGUGAUUUUUAGACUGUUGAGCAUGGUGUGCAGACUACCGGCUUUUUAAAAUGGUUUUUCUUUGUGCAUUUAUUUCCAAUAUUUAAGCUAUUUCUUGUUGUCUGCAGUUGUGGUGCAUGCUGACUUGCACCUGAGUCAAAUUACUAACUUUUCCUUUAUACCUGAAUAAGCUUUUCCUUAUUUAGCCCCAAGCCAUCUGGCACACAGCUUCUACAGCC